AUGGAGUAUGGACACAACUCUGUCUACAAAGGCCAGCUCCAAAACCCUAGUAACCUCAGUGGGAAAGGUUGGUUUCUUUCUGCCAAAUAGCUGUGUGAUGUUCCAUGAAGCCCAUAGCACUGCUGUUCUGUGCAAAGGAAGCCUGGCAUCUAGUGGACAUUUAGCUGCUGUGUCACAAACCCAGCACACUUGAACAAGGUACUUAGAAAGUUGCCUGGAACAAAAGGAGACCUAUGGCCAGGCUAGUGUUGUUGGUUUUUGGGGGGCGGGGGGGGGGGAUCACUGCAGAAGAACCGCAACAUAAAGACUAAUAGCCUAUUUGAUUUAACUAUAUUUCUUCCUAGAGAGCAACUGAUAGAAUACAACAUGUCGUACGCACUUUUCAAAAAAUUCUUUCUUUCUUUCUUUCUUUCUUUCUUUCUUUCUUUCUUUCUUUCAUAAAAUUUAUACACAACUUGAUUGUAAACCCCCCAAAAAACCUCCAAGUGGUUUACAAAAUGAGUAUAACAGUAAAACUAUCAGUAAACAGUUAAAAACAACUAUUUAAAACAUGCCCAAUUAAUUUUAGCGAUAAACCAAAACCACACUAAAACACACAUCAGCAUUCUAUACAGGGUAUAGACACAAGUGAAAGGUUUAAGCUGCAUUUCCAUACACACUUUCCAGGAAUAAAGUCCCACUGAAACUCAGUGGGACUCACUCCUGUCUGGACAUGUAUAGGAUUGUGCUGUUAGGGCUCGCUCUCACUUCCACAUGCCUAGAAAGCAUGGGUAUGAGUGGUUUUCCUUUUGCCCCAUUCCUCUUCCAGGAAAAACCCGCUCUCAAACAGCAAUCUGCAGAAAACCCGAAUUGCUGUUUGCUCUGUUUGAGCGCUACAGAGCAAUUUCCCCCUGUGGAAAAUCAGCAGAAGAAGUAGUGUGGAUAAGCUUUGCAAGACUUAAAAUACUUUUUUUGAAAAAUCAAAGCUGAAAAUUCAAGGAGAGGGUCUAGUUAGUACAUGGGUGGGGAGUUGGGGGCCUUUCAGAUUUCGUCUAUUUCCACCUCCCAACAGCAUGACCAAUGACAUAGGAGUUGUAGUCCAAAAACAUUGGGAAGGCCACAAGUUCCUGGCUUAAAAGGAACCCUGCUGCAAUAUUAUUAACCUUCAGGAUGAAUUUGGAAAAUCCCCCUUUACCCUGGCAUUUGUUGGCUGAAAAAUACUCUUCCUAGCAACCCCAAGAUCAUUGGACGGAAGAAGUUUGUAACUGCAACCGCUUUUCAAAUGUUUUUAAUUGUAAUUGUUUUUAGGAUGUUUUAACUGUUCUGGAAAAAAAUUUGCUUUGCUUUUAAAUUGCAAAUUUCUUUGCCAUCCUGGGCUCCUUCAGAGGAAGAGCAGGAUGUAAAUUCAAACAGACAAGGAAACGACAUAACACUGUUAAUAAACUUGUUCCAAAAACCUGCAUUAAGGCUGAAUUAGUAGCCAAGGUUCAACAGAAAACACUCAGUUGUCCAUUUUUAUGCUUGUGGUUUAAAGUGCUUCACCUCAGUGAUACAUAUGAUGGGGCCACGGGCGAGACUUUUCUUCCAUGGUUAUCCUCCUGUUCAUUUCUUCAUACAUUUCAUUUACAGCACAUCACAUCCACCGGCAUGACCAAACAAUAGGUGUUAAAAGAUUGCACACCUCUCACUAACUCUUUCUUUUUUGUCCUAUCGCUAAUAUGUGUCCAACCAAACAUUCUGCACUUAUCCAAGUGAUUACAAGACCACACAUGGAAUAAGAUAUUUCUGUUGUGGUCAUAUAUGUGCACUCUGAGAAUUAAGAUACAUGAUCGGCAUGGUCACAUGAUGCACCUGCUCCUAAUGGAUACCACUUCAAAGUGCAGGUGUGAAGGCUUCUACACAUGGGUGGGUGGGUAGACUUCCCUGCAAAUGCAAAGCUAGAAUGUGAAGUUAGGAUAUCUAUCUGCCAUUUUGAAAUAUUUCAUAAAGCAGUCACAUAAAAUACCAGUGGGGUACAGAAAACAAAAAAUAAGUAUAAAACACACUCCAGAAUUAACUGUUAAAAUAACAUCACAGCACCAGAAGGGGAUCAAAGGAGAAAAUUUAAAUAUUUCAGUUAGAAAAGGGUUGGGUAUUUUUUUAAAGAGUUAAGCUUACAUCUGAACAAUUCGACUGGUUUGUGUGUACACACAGACACACACAGAGAUGGGUUUGGGGUUUUUUGCAAAUUAAAGGUGACAUUGCUAAAUAGGAAUAAAAAUGUAUAAUUCUAGGAUAUGAAUUUGAAUCACAAACCUUUCUCCCCCUAGUGGACAUUAAAGAGUACGUUUUUUAAAAAUGUGGCUUUUCCUAAACAUACACUCUACAGAUGUGCAUUUUGUAACUAAACACACACAGACAUGCUGACCCUGUAAAGCAAAGGUGGAGAACCUAUAGCCCUCCAGAUAUUGUUGGUCCCCAACCUCUAACUGGCCCAACCAGCAUUGCCAAUGGUUGGGGAUGAUGGGAACUGUAGCCAGGGCAUGCCCAGAAACUUGCUGCCUGGAGCAAAGUACAAGAUGUUUCCCUCCCCACAUUCCACAUACAGAAACAGACUGGACUGAAAACUAAAACUUACGACACCAAUAAAAUGAUGGUCUCCUCCACUGCACCCAAACCAGCAGGCUAAUUUAGAGUGGGCAGAACAUGUAAUGGAGCGUGCAGAGCUCUGUUCUCCAACAGAUGGGAUGGUAAGGGGGUUUAGGAGGAACAUCCAAGGUGCUGCUGCUACCCCCCUCCCCCCAAAAGAAAUCUGGUGCCUUAGACAGUUGCCUCAUAUUACCUCAUGGUAGGGCUGGCCCUGGCUGCAGAAGGUUCCCCCAUGCCUUGUUUUCAAAAUCCAAGUUGAGGUGAUACGGAUUAAAAAGAAGGGCUAUGCAAAUAAGGGGCAGGCUUUAGUCUCAAUGAAUGAAGUCAAUGAAAUUAAUAAUCUCUCCUCGACAGGUUUAACUGCACCACUCUCUCCCACCACCAUUCCUGCAAUAGAAGUGAACAGCUGUCAGCUACUCUAAGUGAGGGAAGUAAAUAGUUGUACUUCGGGAUCCUGUUACAGUGAUGCAAAGCAUGGGGACAGAAGGCACGAUAUUCCAGAAAGUCUCUGCAAUAAAAAAGCCUUCAAUCAAUACACAUAUUGAUGGGCACCUUCCAUACUAAGCAUUCAUCUGGAUUUUUGCAGGGAUACUAGACAAUGUUGGCUCCGAAUAAUGGUGCCUUAGUCAGAGCAAACCCAUUGAAAUUAAUGUACCUGUUAGUUGUGACUUAUUAAUGCCAAUGGGUUUGCUGCAAAUGUGACUGAUGUUAGGUACAGCUUAUUCUGAUUUGUUUGUGGGGUGGAUAGAUGAAGUUACAUCAGAGCAACUGUUACCAGCACUUUCCAGUGCAUUUCCCUGCCACAUUCGUUACUCCCUCCCCUCCCAAAAUCCAAUGUUUCUGGGAAAGUGAAUUUGUUCCCAAGACCUCCCAGUCAAUUGUAAAUGUAGAACCUGGAUUUGCAAGUGCGUGAUUGAAUCCCCACCUGAGAUUAGUGACAGCCUAGAAGUGCCCCUAUUUAGCAAUACUAGUGAUAAUAUGCACCCUCUUGACUGAUGUGAAUUGUAGAUGAUCACAGCAUUUAUUGCAUUUAUAUCCCACCUUUUGUAACAUCACAGAACUCAAGGAAACAUGCAUAGAGCUCCAAGGUGGUCUUCCCUCUAGACACUGACCACAUCAAGAUGUGCUCGAUUGCAGCAAGCAUGUUGCACCAUGUACCUACCUGAGUAUCUUUGCAUAGCUGCUUUUCCAACCUUAAGCAGGAGAAUAUCCUAGUGGAUCAUGAACAUAAGAAGAGCCUGCUGGAUCAGACCAAUGGCCCAUCUAGUCCAGGAUCUUGUUCUCACAGUAGCCAACCAGAUAGCCUAUGGGACACCCACAAGCAGGAUUCAAGCAUAAGAGCACUCUCAGCUACUGUGGUUUUCAGCAACUGAUGCUCAGAUACAUUACUUGCUCCAACUGUAGAGGCAGAGCAUAGCCAUCCUGUCUAAUAGCCAUUGAUAGCCUUCUGCUGCGUGAAUUUGUCUAACUCGCGUGGCCCAUGCUUCUCAGUAUAAUUAGCUGAUUAGUUGAAACUCCAGCAGAUGUUUUGCCUAUGAAAAGUGUGCUGUUGAGGAAGAGACCUGGAGAUAUUAUUGUAAGUAUUAUUCUAAGUCCUCUGGCACUUACCUCCCUGACUUAAGGUGCAUUAUAAGAAGAUAAGCAUUUCAUCAAUCACUUUGGACUAGUUCGGGCUAGUAAACAUUCACUUAAUAGAACAUUAAGAAAUAAAAGGGAUGUUAUUACCACUAGGUGUGGUUCUCUGGGUGGAUGAAAAGAGUGUGGCACUGAUCUUUGUUGGUAAUGCAAACCAUGAAUGCAACUACUCUGACAUUAUGGGAAACAGCAAACUCUUACUAAUUUUACUGGACUGAGUCCAAUAUUUAAAUAUUUAUUAUUUUUGCUAGAAAUCCGUUUAAUGCGGUUUCCUUCUGUCAAUUUCCUGUUCUUGGAAGGUUGAGCAUGAUAAUGCCUAAACUUGUAUCAGAGAACUGGUCCUGGCAAGGGCCGGUACAUUUCUGUCCACACAGCAUCCCUGGGGAGACUAUGAAGAGGACUGCACAGUUGGCUUGGAUCUUCACAUGGCCAUUUGAAACCCACAGAUUUCAGAAGCACCCUGCAGAGAUCAGAUAUGACAGCCUUUGCCAACCUAGUGCUCUCCAGAUGUUUUGGGCUACAACUCCUAUCAGCUCCAGCCAUCAUGCAGGACACCAAGUUGGUAAAAAAAAUAAAUCAACGAAAAGUUUUUGCAGUUAUGAAAGGAAAUUAAAUAUGUUGGCUGAUGUUUCCAGCAAUUUUCAGAGGAUAAAAACAUAAAAGGAGCCCCACUGGCUUAGACCAAAGGUCUGCCUAGUCCAGCUGUGGCAAGGAAUUGCUAAUAAAACUGCGAUUAUACAAAUCUAUGGUGCGACUGCAUUUGGAGUACUGUGUACAGUUCUCCAGUCGCCUCACCUCAACUCCCCUAUGAGGGAAAGUUACAAAAUUUGGGGCUUUUUUUAGUUUAGAGAAAAGGUAAGAAGUGACAUGACAGAGGUUUAUAAAAUUAUGCUUCGCAUGGAGCAAAUAGAUGGGAGAAAUAUUUUUUCUCCCUCUCUUUUAACAAUAAAACUUGUGGACCUCAAUGAAGCUGAAUGUUGGAUCCUUCGGGACGGAUAAAAGAAAGUACCGUAUUUUUCGCUCCAUAAGAAGCACCAGACCACAAGACGCACCUAGUUUUGGGAGGAGGAAAACAAGAAAAAAAAUAUUCUGAAUCUCAGAAGCCAGAACAGCAAGAAGGACAGCAGUGAAAGCAGCAAUCCCUCUUGCUGUCCUGGCUUCUGUGAUAGCUGCGCAGCCUGCAUUCGCUCCAUAAGACGCACACACAUUUCCCCUUACUUUUUAGGAGGGAAAAAGUGAGCCUUAUAGAGCAACAAAUACGGUACUUCUUCAUGCAGUGCAUAGUAAAACUAUGGAAUCUGCUUCCCCGAAAAAUAGUGACAGCCACUGACUUGAAUGGCUUUAAAAGAUCAGGCAAAUUCAGUGGCUAUGUUCUACCUCCACUGUCAGUGGUGAUAUGCGUCUGAAUACCAGUUGUUGGGAAUCACAGGUGGGCAGAGUGCUGUUGUGCUCAUGUCCUGUUUGCAGGCUUCCCACAGGCUUCUUCUGGUUGGUCACUUUGAGAAUAGGAUGCUGGACUAUAUAGACCAGGGCAGUCCAACUUUUCAUACCAAGUAAGCCACAAGAGUACUUUGAGACAGAACCCAUAGGCCACACACUGCCUUGUUGUGGAGGCGGCAGGGCACAAGGCCAAAAUUUGACACCUGUCCAGCCAAAGCUGGCUAAGUGAGGCACUGGGCAGAAGGAGUACCAACUAGGUUUUGGGAAGACAGAAGGAGGGCUCAAGGACCCUGGCAGAGCUCUCACACCUCUUUUCCAAAGCCCAGCGCCACACUUACCUGAUUUUGGGAAGGCAGCAUGACGGCUGAAGGGGGGGGGGCAUCACAUUUCACCAAAUGGCACCAACAAAGGCCUCAAGGGCCAUGUGCAGUCCUCAGGCCACAUACUGGACCACCCUGACAUAGGCCACUGGCCUGAUUCAGCAGGCUCUCCUUAUGAGCACUGGGAAGUGUGGCAUAAUAUUUGAUGCACUGCUGCAUAACCUCCUUGCAUAGAAAACCAGGAUGAAUGCUCAAUAAGCAGGCAAUCUGGAAGCGACCACAAUCUCUCUCUCUCUCUCUCUCUCUCACACACACACACACACACACAGCGUUGGGGGUCUUCAAAGAGUGCUUUACAAGAAUGGUUUAUCAGCAAGCUAUACUGGCAUUUGUUGGGAAAGGCUGGUGGUGGAAUUAAAUGGUUUCCCAUCCCCCACAGAAGACUGUAGGGAAGGCCCAAUUAUCAUUUGUAUGGCCUGUCUGCUGAUUUUAAUCCUAGAAGCAUGAAGAGAGUUAGUUGUCAGCUUGGAAUAUUUCAAGAGGAAAGUAAAAAGAGCACCCCUGAAACAAAAGAGAGGAGACAGUAUGGGACAGUUUCAACCUGAGGCCCUCUUCUGUCUGUACUUACCAAUCGCUCACUUCAAAACACUUAUGAUUAAGGUAUGGUGUGGUUGCCACAGCAACCUCAUGUACGACACAUGGAGUUGCUCACCACUUUGCCAACUACAGAUGUGUGAGCUAGUUUAAACAUCUUUGUGUGUGUGUUUUAAUUGGCAAUCAAGUACAAGCCCAUCUGCCGUUGACAGCCUGUCUUGUUGCUCACAAUUUAUAACACUAGAUGUACCUCCCACCAAUUCUAUACAAGAUUUGGAAGCAGGCCCUGACACGUACCUUUCAGAUUCCACAGAAGACCCUGUGUUGCGGUUCGGUCUCCUGCAAUAACUGGAUUCAGAGCAAUUUUUUAAAAUUCAAGCAAAGAAGUUACUUUUUUUUACAGUGCCAACUGGCUAUUUGCAGAGAGGAGAACGAGUAACUAAAGCAUAAUUGAAAGAGUAUAAUCACUGCCAUCAUCCGAGAUUAUUUUUCCCUCUAUAUCAGGGAUUCUUAAUCUGUGAUCCAUGGACCUCUAGGGGCUCCAUGGAUGGGCUUCAGGGGUUUUGUGAACGUGUGGGAAAAAAGAAAACAUUUUUUCCAGCUCAAUAAAAUAGAUUGUAUCCAACAACAACCAAAAAAUGUGUAUGUGCUUACAUGAGGAGCACUGUCACACCAAAUUAUGGUACAUAUUGUUGCACACCACCCUAAUCUUUGAGUGCAAGAUUCCAAGGGCUUGUUUCCCUUUGGACAAUGAGACACAGCAGAGACUGUGGUGUCUUUAUGGUAUAUGCUUUAUUUACACACAUAUACAACCUGAGUCUAGGUGGAGAGAGUUUAGAGCAUUCACAUUCCAAUAAGGUUUCUUGCUUCUCCCAUAGUGGCAGUAGGCUUGGAUCUCAGGACAGAGAAAGCAGCCAUUCUGUCUCUUUGUUACAGCCUGUCACAGCUAGUUCACAUGAUGCUCUUUCUUCCUUGUCACCACUAACUGACUGAAAAAGUAUUUCUCCCCAGCCUACAUCACCCCAAAAACCUAAAAUCCUAAACCCUUUUCGUCUCUGCCCACUAACACACAAUUGGAGGAGAGGCACCACCCCAUUUGCUGUCUGGCUCUGAAUGUCCUGAUGGCUCAUUUUGAUUACUUUUCUGUGGUGGCUGGCACUAUCGUUACUAGAUUUUUGAUGCCAGACCAAGUCCAUCCGGCUUGGAUUUACAAUAGUAUUUAAAAUUUCUGCUGUAAAUGCUUUUAUUUUAUUUUAAAUCUGUCUUAUAUUCUUCUUAAUUGAAGUAGUUUGCAUGAGUUUGUAAACUGUAAGCCACCCUGAGAGCAUUUUUUAAAGCAUAAAGUUAUUGGCCAUUGGAAUCAUUAACCAGAAACUAAGAGCAGCACUUGAAUCUGGAACAGGUGGAUACACUUCCUACCCCUGCCACAGACUUAUCUGGAUAGUUGCUACUACUUUACCUAAGACCCUUGUAUGAAAAACAGGAGUAAUGGUGAGCUGUUGUUGUUAGGGAGCAUCUGAUAAAGAUUUACAUAUUAAAAAACCAUGGCUGCAGUUGUGCACAAUUCAGCAUUUAACUCCUGUUAAUUUCAACAAUGCUCAUUUUAUAUAGGAUGAGUUCAUUUGCACCCUAAAUAAGUGAAAACUAAGUUACUUCACUGGUUUGGGUGAUUUGUUAAUGGGACUGAAAAAUCUAUUUCCAAUAUAAAAUUUCCAAAUAGUUCUGCUGAUCCCCCAUGCAUUUUCUCCUCAGUUUGUUACAAUGUCCCUUCUUUAUAUUUUUAGGACAUCUUCUCCAAAAGACAAGUCUUCAGUUCUAACCUGUUGUAUUUCAAUUUUAUACUAGCACCAACAAAAAAAUCCAGAAAUCGUUGGUUUCCCACAAAACAAACCUUUGACUGGUGCACCUGAUCCUUCAGUUGGUCCUCUGUUCACUUUCUUUGCCAGGAAGUCAUCUCAGAUAGUAAUAUUUAUAAUCAUAAUAACAGUGAGCAAUUACAACAGUAUAAAAUGAUUAAUGGACUUCAAUGUCUGUACACUAAUGCGCAAAGCAUGGGAAAUAAACAAGAUGAGCUUGAGCUCUUGGUACAGCAAACUAAAUAUGACAUAAUAGGCAUCACUGAAACCUGGUGGGAUAAGUCCCACGAUUGGAAUGUAAUAAUGGGGGGAUACAAUCUAUUUCAGAGAAACAGACCAGACAAGAAAGGAGGAGGUGUGGCGUUAUAUGUCAGGGAUGUGUAUACCUGUGAAGAGAUCCAAGAUUUAGAACCUCAAAGCCAAAGUGAGAGCAUUUGGGUCAAAAUUAAGGGAGAGAAGAAUAACAGUGACCUCAUUGUGGGAGUUUACUAUAGAUCCCCAAGCCAAACGGAGGACAUAGAUGAUGCCUUCCUGGAACAGAUGGCCAAGCAUGCAAAAGGAAGGGAGAUAGUAGUAAUGGGGACUUCAAUUACCCGGAUAUUUGUUGGAUGUCAAACUCAGCCAAGAGCAUAAGGUCAAACAGAUUCCUCACUGGCCUUGCAGACAACUUCAUUGUCCAGAAAGUGGGAGAAGCAACAAGAGGAACAGCCAUUUUAGAUCUGGUCCUAACCAAUGUUGAUGACCUGGUUAGUGGGGUAGAAGUGGAAGGAUCAUUAGGUGCAAGUGAUCAUGCUCUUCUGAAGUUUACUAUACAGCGGAAAGGAGCAGCCAAGCAUACUAGGACUCAAUUUCUUGACUUUAAGAAAGCCGACUUCAUAAAACUUAGGGAAGUGCUGGGUGAGAUCCCAUGGACAGUAAUACUAAAAGGAAAGGGAGUUCAUGAUGGCUGGGAGUUUGUUAAGAGGGAGAUAGUAAAAGCACAAUGUCAGGCAAUACCAAUGAGACGGAAACAUGGAAGGUGCCUAAAGAAGCCAGGGUGGCUAUCUAAAGAACUUUUAACUGAGUUAAGAUUAAAAAAAGGAUGUGUACAAAAAUGGAAAAGGGGAAACCACCAAAGAGGAAUUCAAACAAAUAGCCAGCACGUGUAGACACAAAGUCAGAAAAGCUAAAGCACAGAAUGAACUCAGGCUUGCUAGAGAGGUUAAAAGCAACAAAAAAGGCUUUUAUGGGUAUGUUCGUAGCAAAAGGAAGAACAAAGAAACAGUGGGGUCACUCAGAGGAGAAGAUGGUGAAAUGCAAACAGGGGACACAGAAAGGGCUGAACUCCUCAAUGCCUUCUUUGCCUCAGUCUUCUCCAAUAAAGAAAACAAUGCCCGACCUGAAGAAUUUGGAGCAAAUGAUUCAGCAAAGGAAACACAGCCCAGAAUAACUAAGGAGAUAGUACAAGAAUACUUGGCUAGUUUAGAUGUAUUCAAGUCUCCAGGGCCAGAUGAACUGCAUCCAAGAGUAUUAAAAGAACUGGCAGAUGUGAUCUCAGAACCACUGGCAGUCAUCUUUGAGAAUUCCUGGAGAACAGGCGAAGUCCCGGCAGACUGGAGGAGGGCAAAUGUUGUCCCUAUUUUCAAAAGGGGAAAAGAGAGGACCCAAAUAAUUACCGCCCAGUCAGUCUGACAUCAAUACCAGGGAAGAUUCUGGAGCAGAUCAUUAAGCAAACAGUCUGUGAGCACCUAGAAAGGAAUGCUGUGAUCACCAAUAGUCAGCAUGGAUUUCUGAAAAAUAAGUCAUGUCAGACUAACCUGAUCUCGUUUUUUGACAGAAUUACAAGCCUGGUAGAUGAAGGGAACACAGUGGAUGUAGCCUACCUUGAUUUCAGCAAGGCAUUUGACAAGGUGCCCCAUGAUAUUCUUGUAAAGAAGCUGGUAAAAUGCGGUCUUGACUAUGCUACCACUCAGUGGAUUUGCAACUGGCUGACUGACCGAACCCAAAGGGUGCUCAUCAAUGGUUCCUCUUCAUCCUGGAGAAGAGUGACUAGUGGGGUGCCACAGGGUUCUGUCUUGGGCCCGGUCUUAUUCAACAUCUUUAUCAACGACUUGGAUGAUGGACUCAAGGGCAUCCUGAUCAAAUUUGCAGAUGACACCAAACUGGGAGGGGUGGCUAACACCCCAGAGGACAGGAUGACACUUCAAAACGACCUUGACAGAUUAGAGAACUGGGCCAAAACAAACAAGAUGAAUUUUAACAGGGGAAAUGUAAAGUAUUGCACUUGGGCAAAAAAAUGAGAGGCACAAAUACAAGAUGGGGACACCUGGCUUGAGAGCAGUACAUGUGAAAAGGAUCUAGGAGUCUUGGUUGACCACAAACCUGACAUGAGCCAACAGUGUGACGCGGGAGCUAAAAAGCCAAUGCAAUUCUGGGCCGCAUCAAUAGGAGUAUAGCAUCUAGAUCAAGGGAAGUAAUAGUGCCACUGUAUUCUGCUCUGGUCAGACCUCACCUGGAGUACUGUGUCCAGUUCUGGGCACCACAGUUCAAGAAGGACACUGACAAACUGGAACGUGUCCAGAGGAGGGCAACCAAAAUGGUCAAAGGCCUGGAAACGAUGCCUUAUGAGGAACGGCUAAGGGAGCUGGGCAUGUUUAGCCUGGAGAAGAGGAGGUUAAGGGGUGAUAUGAUAGCCAUGUUCAAAUAUAUAAAAGGAUGUCACAUAGAGGAGGGAGAAAGGUUGUUUUCUGCUGCUCCAGAGAAGCGGACACGGAGCAAUGGAUCCAAACUACAAGAAAGAAGAUUCCACCUAAACAUUAGGAAGAACUUCCUGACAGUAAGAGCUGUUCGACAGUGGAAUUUGCUGCCAAGGAGUGUGGUGGAGUCUCCUUCUUUGGAGGUCUUUAAGCAGAGGCUUGACAACCAUAUGUCAGGAGUGCUCUGAUGGUGUUUCCUGCUUGGCAGGGGGUUGGACUCGAUGGCCCUUGUGGUCUCUUCCAACUCUAUGAUUCUAUGAACCCUUCUAUAAAAGAAUUAAUCUCUCUACUGCUGGGUUUUUCAAACUUCCACUAAGUGUUGUUUUAUUAUCUAACAAGUUUUGCCUUGUUCACAUUCUAUUUAUAUGUUUUCUUAAUAUUUAAUCUGCACUUUCAUUGUGCCUUUACCCUUCUCCACACCAACACUCUUCCCAGCAUCCUGCCAUCCUUCAUUGGAGGCUUUUAAGCAGAGGUUGGAUGGCCAUCUGUCAUGGAUGCUUUAGCUGAGAUUCCUGCAUUACAGGGGGUUGGACUAGAUGACCUGGGGUCCCUUCCAACUCUAAGAUUCUAUUAUUCUAUGGUAAUACUUCAGAGUUUCCUGAUAUACUGGGCAAGACAAAAGGUAUCUACAUGAAGCUGCUAGGCCCAAUACAUUUCGGCAACCGAGGCUAACCACAAAAUGGUAUCCCCUCCCACACCAGGGAAAAGGGGAUGAGUGAAAAUCUACAUCAGGAACAAGUGGGGAAUAAGGAUUUACAUCGGGAAUGAGUGGGGAAUAAAUAUCAACAGCAGUUAGUACAUUCCUUGGAGGCCAGUUCUAUGGAUCCUGCCACCUGAGGCAGUUGACUCACCUUACCUCAUGGGUGGGCUGGUCCUGCUGUUGGAAGUUGGGUGUGAUUACUAUUCUUAUAGGAAUUCUAAGGUCAUAUAUAUAUAUAUAUAUAUAUAUAUAUAUAUAUAAAAUAAAUGUUCAUAAACGUACAACGCAAACACAUACUUAAGUAUAUAAACCACGUGUCUGAAAUAGUACAGGAGAACAAUCCUGAAGCCAUUUUGACUCUCCCAAAUUGACCUCAAAUAUUUCUCUGCAAGGAGGAAGAAAAUGCGAAACGUUUUCCAAUUGUCUUUGGACAGUAGGGGCUUACACCUCCCUGUAAAUACAGUCUGGCAAGUAUCUGUUAAGCUGAACACACUAUCAAUAUGCGUAAGAGAUUCAGGAACUAAGUAUUUACCAUCUCAAAGGAAUGGGCAGGCUACCCAGAAAAGGCAAUCAGAUAAGGUAUUUUCAGAUAUCCUGGCAGACAGGAGAGAAGCAACAUACUCAAAUUUCUGCUGGGGACCACCUCUUUCUGUGAUGUAUGUAUGAUGUUUUGGGGGGGUGGUCUUGAGCUACAGGGAAGGCAAUUUCAAAUGUCUAUAUAAGAGCUUGGACACCAUUGUUCUGGGUUCCUCUCCUCCCUUCCUGCAUGGGGUAAGCAGGGGACCCUGUUGCAACAGUUUAAUAAAGAUCAUGCUUACUAGCUGCUUUGCUUCUCAAUAUUCUCUUUUUGGUCUCUGUUAUUUUCUCCUACCAAUAGAAAACCUACAUAAGGACUCUAUACGGGCUCUUGGAUACCAUAAGGGAUAAAGGAGCAGUUUUUUCUUAUAACACUAUGCUGAUGACACUGGAUUCUGUUUCUCCAUAACAUCUGACUCCGGAAAGGCUAUGCAGGCCUUUGACAGGUGCCUGUAUGAGGUGGUGGGAUGGAUGAGGGAAAAUAAAUUGAUCUUGGAGCCUGGCAAGAUAGAGAUACUAUGGUUUAGUUGUUCCAAUGUCUGAUAAAUUGGCCAAUUUAUUGCCCUUGGUGGGGUUGUACUCCCACUUAACGGUCAGGUACACAGUUUUGAGGAUGCUUCUGGAUCUUGCUCUGCUACUGAAGUAGCCUCAGGGGCUAGAAAUGCCUUUUACCUGCUGCAGCUGGUGCAACCAACUACAGCUGGAGAGCUUGACCACAGUAAUUCAGUCACUAGUGACUUCAAGGUUGGAUUACUGCGGAGCACUCUAUGUGGAGCCUCCCUUGCACUUCAUCUGGAAGCUGCAGUUAAUGCAGAAUGCUGUGGCACAGUUGUUGACAGGAGUAAGACCCUGUCGGCAUAUAAUACUUCUGCUCACAGAUCUGCACUGGUUGCCUAUUUGCUACCAGGCAAUGUUUAAUGUGUUACAAUUAGUAUAUUAAACCCUUAACAGCUGGGAUCAGUUUACUUGCGGGAUUGCCUAUGCCCACUUCUACCUGUGGAACUGGCUGUGUUACAGCUGCCAUAUAAUACACAAUCUGCAAAUGUAUUUUAGCAUGGCAGCACCUACACUUCUGAACUCCCUGCCUAUAAGCAUCAGGCAGGCACCUUCACUAUAUUUAUUCAUUGCAUUUAUAUACUGCCUUUUUCUCCAAAGAGUUAAAGCAAUAUAUAUGGUCGUUCCCCCCCUUCCUUCAUUUAAUCCCACAACAGCCCUAUGAGUUAGGUUUGGCUGUGAGGCAGUGACUGGCCCACUGAGCUUCAUGGCAGAGUGGAGAUUCGAACCCUGGUCUCCCACAUCCUAGUCCAGCACUAACCACUACGCCACACUAGCUCUGUUUUCAGCACCUGCGUAAAACAUUUUUUAGGCAAGCCUACCCAGACAUGUAGGGACGCGGGUGGCGCUGUGGGUAAAACCUCAGCGCCUAGGACUUGCCGAUCGCAUGGUCGGCGGUUCGAAUCCCCGCGGCGGGGUGCGUUCCCGUCGUUUGGUCCCAGCACCUACCAACCUAGCAGUUCGAAAGCACCCCCGGGUGCAAGUAGAUAAAUAGGGACCGCUUACCAGCGGGAAGGUAAACGGCGUUCCGUGUGCUGCGCUGGCUCGCCAGAUGCAGCUUGUCACGCUGGCCAUGUGACCCGGAAGUGUCUGCAGACAGCGCUGGCUCCUGGCCUAUAGAGUGAGAUGAGCGCACAACCCUAGAGUCUGUCAAGACUGGCCCGUACGGGCAGGGGUACCUUUACCUUUUACCCAGACAUGUAGAAGUUGAAGGUGUUUUGUUUCUUUUUUAGCUAGUGUUGAUUUUGAUAAUCCCUUUGAUGUUUUUAAUACUUGCUUUAAAUUAUUUUUAUCAGGAAUUUUAAUGUUUUAUAUGGCAAACUGUUCAUUUUUUUAUAAUCCGAUUCAUUUUUGUUAAAUAAUUACACACACAUACAUAUGCACACUAUAUACAUAUUACAUACAUAAUCUUCUCUCUCAAGAAAGCACCCACAAUCUCACACCUCCACGCCAUCACAUCUAUCUAUAUAUAAAUAAUCAAGCUCACUUUCCCUUCAUUUCUGCUGUCUCCAUCUUGAAGAUUUAAAGGCAGAUUUAUGUGGAUUUAAGGGCUCCUUUAAACUCUUGCCUAGGACUUGGCAACCCAGAAGAAACCUUCAAGUCGAGGAUCCCGGGCAGCCAACUGCCGUCACGCGGCUGCACCGUGAGGGGCUGCGGAGGCCUCUGAGCGGGCGGAAUUCGCCAGCUGAAUUUAUUGAGUGCUCUUGGGGCAAACCGCGAGCACAUGCAAGUGUGUGCGCGCGUGUGCGUGUGCGUGUGUGUACAUAUAUGUGCACGCGCGUCUGAGUGCGCAUAUAUAUAUGCGUGUAUGUAUUUUGUGUGUGUGUGUAUUUGCAUUUGUUUCUCUCUCUGUAUAAUGCAUAUAUCCCGUCACAUGUAGGACACGAAGAGCCAUGGUGGAUAAAUAUCUAAAUAAAUAAACAAACAACAAAAAGCCGGAUAGAGAGAAAGAGAGGAAUGCUGGGAAAAACGAAGGAAACUCAGUGAGGUCAUCACUAGGCGCCGCUUUGGGGUACAAUCCUCCCAUUCUUUCUCUCUUUUCUCAACGCCCCCUCGCCCCCCCCCCCCCGCUCCAUCCUCCCGGCUCGCCUCUCUCUCUCUCGCCUUUCUCUCCCCUCCGUCUCUAUCGUUCGCCUUGCCGAGCUCGCUGGCUGAGGCCGGCCUUCGCCGUCAUUGUCGCCGCCGCUGCCGCUGCCGCCGCCGUCAUCUACAGCCCGCUCUUUUUUUUCUCCCCUCCUUCCCCUCCCUUUUUUGCCGUCGCCGCUGGCCGGUGUCGGCGCUCUGGAAAGGCUCGCGCGCCUCCUCGGAGCGGGGGCGGGGUAAGGAAGAAACACCCGGUGUUGUUGUGAGGGGGGAGGGAGGGAGAAAGAGGGUGGGGGGCGGUGGCGCCGGCCCCCUUUUCCUCCCCCCUCCCCCCUUUCCCAUCUUUUGUUUGCCUCACAGGCUAUUUGCUCCACGGGGGGAGGGAGAGAGCGAGGUGGUUUGUGAGGAACUGUGCAUUAAUCUGGGGCGGAAUGUCUUCCUCAUCCUUCCCAGGCGACAAAAGUGGCGUUUUUUCCCCCCUUCUCGCGAGGGAAGAUGGUGGAAGGCAGGACGACUAUUGUGUGGGGAGGAGAUGGGGGGGAGAAGGAGAGGCCGGGGUUUGGAGGGCCGAGCGAUAGGGGGGCGUUGGGAUGUGUGUGUGUGCCGACUCUCGGAGCCUAAACCCCCGAGGCAUUGGGGGGCCGGGUGUGUGUGUGUGUGUGUGUGUGUGUGUGGAGGGAUUGAGGCCGGCCGGAUUAUGGAGGCAGAAGGAAGCGCUGCCGAGCGAGUGUUUAUUUAGAAUGGAGGUUGUACCUCUCUUUUGAAAGCUCUACCUCUCUUUCAAAUCGGAACCAGUGAAGGCGGUGAAGAUCCUGUGUGAGUGUCUGGAGGCGGUUGGAGGAUGGAUGGCGGCUAACAGGUUGAGGUAGAAUCCUGACAAGACAGAAGUACUGUUUUGGGGGACAGGGGGCGAGCAGGUUUGGAGGACUCCCUGGUCCUGAAUGGGGUAACUGUGCCCCUGAAGGUGCGCAGCCUGGGAGUCAUUUUGGACUCACAGCUGUCCAUGGUGGCGCAGGUCAAUUCUGUAUCCAGGGCAGCUGUUUACCAACUCCAUCUGGUACACAGGCUGAGACCCUACCUGCCCGCCUCACCAGAGUGGUGCAUCUCCCACUUGGACUACUGCAAUGCACUCUACGUGGGGCCACCUUUGAAGGUGACCCAGAAACUGCAACUAAUCCAGAAUGUGGCAGCUAGACUGGUGUCUGGGAGUGGCCACCAAGACAACAUAACACCGGUCCUGAAAGACCUGCAUUGGCUCCCAGUACAUUUCCAGGCACAAUUCAGUGUUGGUGCUGACCUUUAAAGCCCUAAACGGCCUCAGUCCAGUAUACCCGAAGGAGCUUCUCCACCCCCAUCAUUCAGCCUGAACACUGAGGUCCAGCUCCAAGGACCUUCUGGUGGUUCCCUCACUGCGAGAAGCAAAAUUUCAGGGAACCAGGCAGAGGGCCUUCUCGGUAGUGGCGCCUGCCCUGUGGAACACCCUCCCAUCAGAUGUCAAAGAAAUAAACAACUAUCAGACUUUUAGAAGACAUCUGAAGGCAGCCCUGUUUAGGGAAGCUUUUAAUAUUUGAUGAAUCAUUGUAUUUUAAUAUUCUGCUGGAAUCCACCCAGAGUGGCUGGGGAAACCCAGACAGAUGGGUGGGAUAUAAAUAAUAAAAAAUUAUUAUUAUUAUAUAAAAUAUUCCCUGUUCCCUCCACUCCUCCCCACGCUCACUCUGUCGCUCUGAUGUUGCCGUGUGAGCAGGUUGCUAAAAUAAAUAUCAAGGUGUGUGGAAGCUUGAAGAGAUCUUGCCUGACUUUGCAUUUGCUUCUAUCACUAGUGAGCAGCUCUCAGACAUUGAUGCUUUGGUUGAGAUUCCUGCAUUGCAAACCGGGGGGGGGGGGAGGGGUUGGACUGGAUGACCUUUGGGGGUCCCUUUCAGGCAGAUUGAAACCUCAGCCUGAUAAAACAUGAGGAAAUCACAAUUUAAAAGUGCCCUGAGAUCUACGGGUGUAGGGCAGUAUACAAAUAUAAUACAUUUAACAAAUAAUAAAUUUAAUAAAUAAUAAUUUUAAAAAAACACACCGUAUUUUUCGCCCUAUAGGACGCACCGGCCCAUAGGACGCACCUAGAUUUGGGGGGGGGGGAUAAAGGGGACAAAUUAUUCCCCCCCCCCAGGCGCGGGGCUGAGGCGGGAAGCCCGAGCUUCCCCGACCCCAGCCCCCAGAACGGGACCCAGAGCCAUGCCGAAGCUUGCGGGGCUGGGGGAGGGGGAAGCCCUCCGCCAGCCUCCAAACCAGGUCGGGAGACAGCAGGAUGGCGCGCUGCGCCUCCCCGCUGUCCCCUGAGUUUGCGGGGCUGGUGAUGGGGAGGAGCAGGCUUCUCCCCCCCGCCAGCCUUCUAACCAAGUCGGGGAACAGCGGGAAAGGUGCGCUGCGCCUCCCCGCUGUCCCUCGAGUUUGCGGGCCUGGCGACGGGGAGGAGCAGGCUUCUCCCCCCCGCAAACCUUCUAACCAAGUCGGGGGACAGCGGGAUGGCGGCGUUCCGCCUCCCCGCUGUCCCCAGAGCUUGUGGGGCUGGCGGUGGGGCUCUCCUGAAGCCUGGAGAGCGUGAGGGGUCGGUGGCCCCCGACUCCUCUCGCUCUCCAGGCUUCAGCGAAAGCCUGCAUUUGCCUCAUAGGACGCACACACAUUUCCCCUUCAUUUUUGGAGAGGAAAAAGUGCGUCCUAUAGGGCGAAAAAUACGGUAAGUGCCCUAAAACUGCCUCAUAGCUGGAAUCCAGCAUUUUAAAGUCAGUACAGACUAGGAUGUUGUUUUGUUUGAAUGCUCUAUGUGUUAGGGAGGAUGCUGCCAAUCUGUUUAGAAGCAGUUUAAUAUUGGUGUAGGACCCUAACUCUUUUCAGUAGGCACCCCUAGCUGUGUCCUGUAGCUUUGGUGCUUUCACAAAAAACAACUUUAUGCUAAUUCUGUGAUACCACACAAUACUUUGGUCUCUGCUUGGAAUGUGUGGAUAACAAGCUAUUGACUCAAUCCAGUUGUAGAGUAAAGCCAAUUUAUUGGUAUUCCAAGAAGCUGAGGAUGAUGAGACAGCAGGGCUGAUGAUUAGAAUGAAUGGUGGAAGAUUCAUAAAUAAUAUGACUGAACACAAGUAAGAGUUCAUUUUCAGUCAUUCUUCAUUGUGUUUUCUCAAUGCCAUCCAGUAGUGAUUUUUUUUUGGGGGGGGUGUAGACACUGGGUUGCAAAAACUGGAACCCUUGAAGGCCCACUGUGAUCAGUUUGCUUGCACAUUUGAGUUAUAAAGUUGCUUGCAUAUGUGCUGACUUGAAUACCAUAGAUUUGACGUGGUUUGAAAUAGAUGGGACUAGAACAACUUGAAGACAGUACCACUCUUUGCAGGAUUGAGGCCUACCACAUGUUCUAGUGAUCAUUGCUCUUCCUAGUUACUAAAAUUUGUUUGGGCUGGGCUGGAACUAUGGAUCUCAGAUGUGGUCACCUUUAGAAACCAAAUUUAGACCUAAAUGUGGGAUAGUUACUGUCCAGUUACCUGCCAUUAAUGAACAAGAUGCUGGAGUGUGUGAUGGUUUUUCAACUCCAGGUAAUAUUAGAUGAUGCUGAUUAUCUGUUUCAGGCUGAUUUGGAAACAGCCUUGAUUGACCUGGUGGAUUACUUGCAUUGGAGAAUGGAUUGAAGUGGUGGAGAGUCCAGUCCUAUGUGUUAUUGACCUCUCAGUGUCUUUCAGUGCUAUUGGCCUUGGUAUUUUCUGAACUGUCAGUAUGGGUUGGGCUGAGGAGGUGCUGUGUUACUGUCGCUUCAGUCCUUUUUGGAGGAUAAGUCUCGGAAAUCGAUGCUAGGGAGCUACCACUCUGCUUUAUACAGUGGUACCUUGGUUUAAGAACAGUUUAGUUUAUGAACAACUUGGAUUAAGAACGCAGCAAACCCGGAAGUACAGUGGUACAUCGGGUUAAGAACUUAAUUUGUUCUGGAGGUCCGUUCUUAACCUGAAACUGUUCUUAACCUGAAGCACCACUUUAGCUAAUGGGGCCUCCCACUGCCUCCAUGCCGCAUCUGCGCAAUUUCUGUUCUCAUCCUGAAGCAAAGUUCUUAACCCAAGGUACUAUUUCUGGGUUAGCAGAGUCAGUAACCUGAAGCAUCUUUAACCUGAAGCGUCUGUAACCCGAGGUACCACUGUAGGUGUUUUGAUUUGUGAACUUUGCCUUGGAAUAAGAACAUGUUUCGCUGCCCGUUGAGUGUGUUCCAUUUGUAAAUUGAGUCCCCCGCUGCUAUGGGAAAGCACACCUUGGUUUAAGAAUGCUUUGGUUUAAGAAUGGACUUCCAGAAUGGAUUAAGUUAGUAAACCAAGGUACCACUGUAUCUGUUAACAUAUGUGGCGCCUUAUAAUGAAUAUGUCUAGUGGAGCAUCUUGACUCUCACACAUUUAACAUCUGCAUGAAACCACUGGGGGAAGUUUCCUGGAGGUUUGGGCUAAAGUGUCAUCACUAUGCGGUAGACACUCUACCUCCAUUAUCAUUUCCAUCUAUUCAUUACAUGGAGGUUAUGGAACUCUUGCCUCACUGUCUGGAAGUGGUUUAGAGCUGGAUAAGAGUGAACAGGCUGGGGCUUAAUGCAGACAAGGAAAUACUGUGGGGUGGUAAACAGAGUUCUCUGGAUGGAAGUUUGCAGUUGUUAGAUAGGCUUGCACUCCCCUGAAUGACAAAAUAUGGAGUUGGGGAGUUUUGGACUCCGCACUAAAUGGGAAAGUUCAGGUGACAGGAGUGGCCAACUGCUUUUUACCAAGUUAGGCUGGUGUGCCAACUUCGACCCUAUUUAGAGAGAAGAGACCUUAUCUUAGUGAACCGUUCACAAGUGAUAACCAAGCUGGACUACUGUAAAGCAUUCCAUGUGGGCCUGCCUUUAAAGAUGGUUCAGAAAUGUCAGUCGGCACAAAAUGCAACAUACUGGGUAUUGGUGAGGGCUGGUUGGUCAGAAUGUGGUAGACUUAUGAUCCAGUUCAAAGUCCUGGUAUUUAAUUUAUGCAUUUAUAUCCCAUCUUUUUCUCCAAUGAGCUCAAGGUGGUAUGCAUGGUUCUCUCCCUCGUCAAUUAAUCCCCACAACAACCCUGUGAGUUCAGUGUCUGGCCCAAGAUCACCCAGUGAACUUCAUGCCCAAGUGGGGAUCUGAACUGUAGUCUCCUGGGUCCUAAUCCGAGACUCAAAGCACUGCACACCACCCUGGCUCUCUUAAGGUCUUAAAUGGUUUGUGGUCAGGUUACCUGAAAUAAUCCUUCAGUAUUGGGCCGCUUGUAUCAGGGUCUCUACUUGUGUGCCCAUUUGUGAAAGCAAAUAAGCAGGUGGGCACAAGGGAUAGGGACUUUACGACAGUGGCCCAACACCUGUGGAACCCUGCUUCCAUGGAAAUACAUAAACCACUUUCACUUUUUGCAGACCUUUAAGCAGGCCCUACAUUUGCCAUUUCAUAAAGAAAUGUUUUUUGGGGUUGCUGUAUAUCAUCAUUUUAUUUGUAUGCCAUCUUUCCAUAGUUAAAACCAUGCUCAAGUGGCUUACAACAUUAAAGGAUUUACAUAAUUACAAACCUAACAAAAGUAGUAAUAAACAAUAAAUAAAACACAUCAAAUAUAGACAGCCAAACUGAACAAUUGCCACAUAAAUCAUAAAUGAUAAUAAGAUCUAAAAAUAAGGAUACAAAAAAUAAUAAUAAUCAAUAACAGCAACAAAAUCCCCCAGCAAAAACCCAUAAACAAUAUCCCAACUGCAUUAGUUUUAGUUAUCUGAUUUCAUUCAUACUGGGGCGAAUGUUGUUCGCAGUCAGUGAUAAUGCUAGUUCUCUUUGUUUAGUAAAGUUAUUUUUACUGUGUGUUAUGGUGGGGUUUUUUAAGUAUCUAUUUUUAUUGAUACUUAUCCAAAGAUAUAUGAAAGUAUCUUUUUAUAAUACACCAGAAUAAAAGAAAUACUUUAAAAAUCUAGUCUAAAAGGAAACAGAAUCAAAAAGGAGAAGAAAGUAGGGGGAAAGGAGAGAGUGGGGUGUGUGUGUUAAGAAAAGAUUAAAAGACUUCCAGUGCUCUGUCCUUCAUCUAAAUAUAGUAUUCAUUCAUUAACAUCCAACUAUGCUAUUUUCUGUAAGCCAAUAUUUUGUCAAUCUUCAAAUCCAGAUAUUACAAGUUCAUUUUCUCAUUCAUGCAAAAUGGCCAUAAGAAAUUUCCAAUCCUUAAUAAAUGUCAAUAAUGAUUUUUCUCCAAUUAAACACGUUAACUUUGCUAUCUCAGCUAUGUCCAAUAAUUUUACCAACCAUUUCUCUAUAAUAGGUAGGGCUGUAUCAUUCUGUCUUUGUGCAUAUAACAAUCUUACUUCUGUAAUCAUAUAUUGGAAUAAUUUUCCAUAGUCCUUUUUCAGUUGUGCAUCCUGUUAAUUAACCCUAAAAGAAAGAAAUGUUGCUUCAAUUGAAUAUUAACCUUUAAAAUCUGCUGUAUACAGCAGGUGUUUUAUGGUUUUAAAGUUACUACUGAUUAUAUCUUGUGAAUCUACAUGUUGGAAAUAAUCUUGAGGGGGGUUGACCUUAAAAGGUAGCCUACAAAUAUUUUAGAAAGGUAAGUGAUCAUGGUAUCCUGUAUUUCCAUGCUUGUCAUAGAAUAGGGAAAUCGUCUUCUGCAGCCUGCAUGGAAAUGCAGGGUAUUAAUUGCUUAACAGGUGUGGAUUGCCUUCUGCCAAACAGGCUGGUGGAGAAAGCGAAAUCCAUCCAUUCUCUGCCAACCCACUCACAUACCUUGGUCACAGUUGACCAGGGUGGUGACUGAAGCAUAUGUGGCACACAUUGUAUAGUAAAAAGGCACAGGUGAGAGCACAUAAAAAUGCUGCCAUAUGGCAGCAAUUGUGACGAAUAAAAUAUAUAUUCCCUCUUCCAUUGCAUCAUCAAGUAACCAUCCUGCAGAGCUUUUCCAAUGUGAAAAUAUCAAAAACACUCGGAGGCUUGUGAUAAAUUUGUAAGGCACUUUAAGGGAAAUAUUGCCAAUUAAUAUAACUCUGGGGGAGGUUCCAGGUCGCCAGCUAAUCAAGUUCUAUGGGAUCCUUUCAAGUUCUUGUGGACAAGGCACUUGAAGGUGUUUGGCCAGCUUCGUGUGCUCUAGAUCCUUGCCCAUUAUGACUUAUGAAAGCUUAACGGAGAGAUUGACUUGGGGGUGGGGUGGGGGAUGUCCAAGAAGAUGUUAAAUCUUCCCUUCUGAAGGUGUGUGAGAGAUCCACCAAGGUGCAUGAGAGAUCAUGGGCAAGGUACUGGAGAUAGUGUUCAAAAUUAGCCAUGUACCAGGUCUGUUUUGUGACCGGGAAUUGUCUGUGAGCAAUUUGAGAAGUCUUGUGGCCAUGUAUGCGACUGAGAUUCAAGGUUAAAACUGCAGGUGCUGAGGGUGUGGGAGAAGAAGUGUCUCCCUGCCCAACUCCAAAGUAAAAUCUCUGGCCGUUGCCUUCCAACUCCAAGUGCAUUUUGCCUUGCUUCCCCUGCCCACCCCAAAAUGAGAUUGCUGCUGCAAAAUUAAAGCGCUGUAGAUCACUGGUGGCUCUUCAGGCAUGCUUGGAGUAUCCUGAUCACCUGAACCCAUUUGAAUCUGGUUUCAGUCCCAGUAUUACCGUAGAUUCUGGCGUAUUAGGGUGCCAAUUUGGGGUUUCGUUUUAUAAGCCCAGUCUUAUACGCUGGGCGACAGGAAGCCGCCCACUGCGGAGCGCGCUGCGGCGACGGCAGCAGCUUCGGCAGCCUCCAAAGCAGCAAGCAGGCGGCGGUUUCCGCACCAGGAGGAAGCCGCGCGGCACCCACUGCUGCCUCGGAGGUAGUACCCAGCGUAUAAGACGACCCCCAACUUUUUAACCUCUUUUCUGGGGUUAAAAGGUCAUCUUAUAUGCCAGAUCAAUGACACAGCCAGGAGAAGUGUGAAGUUGCUGAUUCUUCUUUAGUUCUUGACAACUUUCAGUAUCAUUGACUGUGGUAUCCUCCUGGUGUGGCUCUUUGAGUUGGAACUUAGAGGUAUGGUGUUAUUGUGGUUCCCCUCCUACCUGCAGGACUGUUUCUAGAAAGUGACAUUGGGUGACUACUGCCUGGCACCUGCACCAUGGUGUAUUGCAAGGUUCCAUCUUGUCCUCAGGCUUGUUAACAUCUAUAUCGGCAAUGGGAAACCUUUUGGACAGGGUGCCUGUCUGCCAAAAUCCCUUUCCCCCCAAUUUCAGCUGGAUCUCCCUCCCAUUUUCUUUUAUGCCCAAUCUUUCUUUGAUCUUUCUUUGAGGGGGAGACCCCCAAAGGCUUUUGAGAGUUUUGCAGAAGGCUUUGGGAGUCUCCCACUGCUUUUUACGAUCACAGCAAGGCCCCCUUAAGAUUAUAAUGUCAGCCUUACUACUAUGAACUCCUCACUUACGCUCCUUCACCUCUGUUUGGAGUCUCCAGACCACACAACGACUGCCACCUUUAUUCCCUCAGGAGUUCUAAUUCUGAUAAUUUUCUGCACAAGGCAGCAGUCACCACAGCUAAAGUGAAGCACCUUUAACCCAUCCUUUCUGCUGCUGGGGAAGGGGGCAGAGAUUUAAGGAUGGAAUUUACCUUGAUUGGAUCAUUUCCCCCUGUAUAGGAGUGGGAUGGGAUGUGGUGAGGAAGAUCCAGCCUAUUCAGACUUCCUCCCAAGCUCCCUUUAAAGAAGUAGGGAGGCACUGAAACAGCACUUUGAAGAUAAGCAUUUUAAUAUAAUAGCCAUGCCUCCAGUGGCAAAGUGCCAUUUGAAUCAAACUUCCUUUUCCUUGAAGGAUAGAGGAGGCCGGUUCAAACAGUGCUCUGCUUCUCCUUUAAGCAGGUGUAGAAAGAGGGGGAAAGUAAUGAGUGGAGAUUUAUUCCUGCCACCUAGACUGCUCAGCCGUUGCAGCCUAUGUCACUAGCAGAUGCGUGGAUAGGCAUGGUUUGGGAAAAAUAGCCUAGUGAGCCUAGUUGACCCACAAACUGAAGAUUCCCCACUCUGAUCUAUAUGAAUCAUCUGGGUGAGGUCAUCCAGGGAUCUGGGGCACAGCAUUAUCAAUAUGUGGAUAAAUCCCAGCUCUAGUUCUUCUUUUUCAUCAGAAUUGUUGGAGACUGUACAGGUUAACUUGGAGGCACUAGUGAGUUGCUUAAGAGCCUUCAUGUGUCUUGGAAGUAAGUAGAUGACCUGUUCUAGACAGGAUUGCACUUUCCUUGAAGUAGCAGGUUUGAAGUCUGGGGAUACUCUUAAAUCCAGCAGCAUCACUUGAUGCUGAGAUGGUAUCAGUAGAAUAGCACUUCUUUUUCCAACUGUGGAAACCUGCCAAAGCCCAGAGUAGAGAUAACUGUGAUUGUUCCUUUUCUGUGCUGGCACUCUGGUUAUGGAACUCCCCCAGGUCAGAAAUGUGGUUGAUGUCUACAUUGGCAAUAGCUGGAGAUACAUUUGUUCACUAAGGCAUUUGGGAGUAGUUAAUCAGUGUUGGUCAUUUAUAAUUGGAGACUGCUUUCUCCUCUUUUGUACAUGGCCUAACUUUUUACUGUGUGUUUUAUAGUUUCAAUAAAUCUUAAGUUUUAUAGGUGUAAACUACCCUGAGGUUAUUCAUGACCCAAGACAGUAUAGAAAUUUAUUGAAUGAAUGAAUGAAUGCCUACAAAUAAGGAUCUUCCAUUGUAUUUUCUUGCUCUGUCAUGUAUCUCCCACCUCACCCUUUGGGUUUUCUUUUCUUUUUAUAUCUCUAGCUACUCUUGAUUUAUAUGGUGCUGUCGUAAGCCCAAGGGAUUUUAAAUUGAACUCCAUAAUCUGUGACAGAAGUGGAAGGCCAAUCAUGAGUCUGCUUAACCUGGACCGCUUUCGCUUUGAAAGGAAGUCAUGUGUGGAGGAAGAGAGUGCCCCUUCCCCUGGCCUUUCUGCAGAUCAGGAGGAGGCUUCUUCUACUUCUUUGGAUGCAGUAGAGAAGGAUACCACAUAUUCUCCUCCUUCAAAAGAUGGUGCUGCAUCUGUUGGUGAAGAAAAUGACAAUGUUCCUGAUCACAUUAGUAAACCAGCCACCCCAGCAUCUGAUGUGUCUGAGAAAACUGGUGAGUUCUCAUAUAUGUGAUUUAUAAAUGAAGGGAAAGUCUAUAUACAACCAGCUUUGAUUUAGUCUACAGUACUCGUGCUGAUAGCUUAGUGUUUGAUCUUCACUCAUAUAGCUGAAUGAAGUUUUGAUAGCAAUGUGGCGGCUGUAUCUUGUUAUAUCUUUUACAACUCUAAUUUCUAGAGCAUUCUUUGAAUUCCUCUGGUUAUGUGCAGAGUAUUCCUGUGGUUGACUAGACAUUCAAUUUCUCUGGUAUCAAAUAUCAUGUUCUCAAAAGCAUUUAGGAAAUCUGGGUUAAUUAAGAGCUUGCAAGAAAAUCCCAUAGGGCUUGACCCUCAUAACUUAACAUUCAAACUGCUUUGCCAACAUCCUGAUCCAUUGAAGUUGUUUUGGUAGGAAAACAAAGCAGACAGUCCUUUGAUAUUUUCUACAUACGAACAUAAGCAUUCACUGUUGCUAUUACUACUGUACAAUGGCUGUUGAAAGCCAUUUUUAUUGGUCAGUGAUAAUGUCGUCUCUCCCAUCUCCCAUUCCCUGAGCAGAGGGUUCCACAUUAAGAGCAAUGUAUGGUUGUAUAGAUACUUGCUUAGUCCUGUGCUAAGGAAAGAAAUCUAAUCAAGAUGAAAAGCUUUUCUACCCCUCCCCAAAAUAUGAGAGAAAACUUUAGCUAGAGGUUAAUAUUAACAUGGGAUAAUAAGCUGUUGCAUAUAACAGACAAUUUUCACGUUUAUAGGUAAAGUAUGCACUUAAGGUGCUUUUUUAAAUGCAGUAGAUCUUUUUGAAAAAGGAAACUUAGAAAUGGAUUUAAAUCUAUCUCCAUAGAAACUGCACAAAUAGGGAUGGUAUGGCCCAGUGCCUAAUCUCUCUUAGCAGAAACUGGUCUGCUAGUAUACGGUAAAAAAAUACGAGGGGAGCAACAAAUAAAAUGGGGGAAGAGAAUAAAAGCCAAUGAGGAGCAAUAUAUUAAAUGGUUUUAUUAACUGAAUUAGUUCACCACAUCUAUCCCUUGUAACCCUUGGCUAUUAUCUCUCUCCCUUCCCCCCCAAAAUUGCAAAAAUCUAGCUUGUAAACUCUUUGGGGGAGGGGGUGCUUUAUUUAUAAAGAAAUAAAAUGAUUAUUUUUUAUGGAUGAGUGGGAACAUUUCCCCACCAAAUGUAGAAUGAGUUUGUUAUGGGAAUUACUUCAAGUGUCCAUAGGUAAUAAUUGUAUAGUCAUAUACAUUUCAUUGCUUAUGCUGAGUCAGGGUGGGUUUUUUUUGUUCAGUGGAAACAACGGUGUCUGCUCCUCAUUUGUUAGUGAGGUAUCAUCCAGCUUAUUCCUUGGAAUGAGCUGUUGUAGUAAUAAGGCUUCAGAUGCAUCUGAGAGCUAUGACACACAUUAUGCAGUGACAAACCAAAGCUUUCCAGUGACUUUGUGUGGGUGAUUCUGUCUCUGCUUAAUAGUCUCUGCUUAAUAACAAGCAUUUUGCCCAUGAACACAUCCCCUUCUCUCAUGGCAUUCAUUAAUGAAAUGUGGAGUCUUGUAACUAACUAUAAUUUAUUGGUUUUGUUUGAACCAGGAAAUUAUGGUUGCUAACUUCAGGAAAAAGCCAGAAACUUAAACUAACUUGAAGAUUUUAAUUUUUAUUCACACAUUCAUAUCCCACUUCUUAAAAAUAAUUUGUUAUGGACAGCACAUGUAACGACCGAUUCAUGCGUGUCUGAAUAAAAUGCAACUGAACCUGGAAGUGACUAAAAAAAUGUCACUAAACACAUCGCUAAAAGGGUGUGGCAUGGCAUAACGGGGCAGGGCGCUCUUAUGCGUGCUCCGCUGACAAACGUGGGGGCUGGAUAUGGAACCUCAGUGCAAAAUGAUCAUUGACUGUCUAACAGGGCAGCUUAAUUUGGAAUGUUCACACUAAAUUUAGUCUGUGGACUGUAUCUCAAUGCUACAGCAGUAUAGCUCAGUGACAAAGCAAACUCUUCUGAAUGUAGAAGGUCUUGAGCUCCAGUUGCCACAACUUCACCUCAGAUUGUGGGUCUUGGGGCUGGAAAUACUUCUGUCUCAGUCCUUGGAAAGCUGCUGCCAGACAGAGUACGCAGUACUCUCAACCAAUUAUUUUAGGCUAGAUAGACUAUAAAUAAAAUGCCAUGGAAGUAAUGGUCCAAGUGCCAUAAUAUCCCUGAAUUUAAAGCAAACAAGCUAAGUAGAAAUCAGAAUGUCAGUUGUGCUAUGGUGAUAAGAGCAAUGGAAGGUUUGUCUCUGUACUGUGGACAGAUGAAGCAAAUAACCAUGUAUGGACAUGCAAAAAUAGCUAUGGCUUUGGGAUUAAGAACAAACUGCAAGAAUGUUUGCUUCACCCCUUGUGCUGUCUUUUGCAGCUCUAUUCCCUAUUCUCUAUCCUGAAUCAGUACGAUAUCUGACUGUUGCUUGACCCUGAUGAGUUUAAUAUGUCUCUAAUUAGGCUUGGUGAUGGUCAUAUGAAGCAUUAAAUCUUGGUGUGGGGGGAGCAUGUGGUGGUGUCAUCUGAUUACUGUAGUAUCCUGGUUUUACUUUUAAACAGAGCAGGUGUGUGAGCUGCAUUUUUCUAAUUCAAAAUCUACUGCUACGUUGCAAGUUAUUUCUUGAUAUUUUUUCGGGGGGGGGGUCACCCCCCUACUCCAAUAAAUAUAUCUAGUUCUAAGAUCCUGUUACCAUAUGGCAGUACAAUUUUACUACGGCGGUGGGGGGCAUGCCACAGCCCCCAGUUUCAAAGUUUACUUUUCCAGUGUCAGUCACUUGCUCGGGGUUAUAAAAGCUCAAGAUUUAUUGAAGUUUCCAUCAAACACCUCUCAAGCACUUUCAGAUUAUUUAAAAUUUAUUUCCAGUAAACUUCUGUCAGGCAGCAAUCCUAUUUUGCAGCUGCUGUUCUCCUGGUGUGUGCUGCUGUCUUUCUCAUUUUGCCUUCAUGCCUCCAGGGUCAGAAUGCUUUAGCCCUGAAACGGAGCCAUGGAUGGAACCAUAAUCUUUUCACUUUUGCCCCUACCUGCUUUUAGGGCUGUUAGCUGUUUCAAGCAAGAGCAUAGCAGAACACAGAAGCCCCUUCUUUCCAUUUGAUGCCAGAAGACCUGUGCAGGCCACACUGUAGUUCUGAGCCUACAUAAGGCUGUGAUUUUAGCCCAUGUGUGUUCACACUUUUCUCAGCAGCCAUUGAGUUUGGAGACAUGCUGAGUUUUAAGGAUGCCACAAUUUGAAACAGAUCUUCAAUUAACCACCCAACUAUACCACCUUUAACACACACGUUUUCAAGGCAGUAGAAAAACUCAUUAACUUAAAUUACAUAAUUCUUAAACUAAACGUGCCCCCAAAGCACAUUUCUAAUUAAUUUGGUGUAAUCAGCGUGGCCACUUCUGAUGAUACCUCAGUCAUAGUAAGACUUGUACUCUUGUUUUUCUGUAACAUGUGUCUUUUUUAUCCUUUAAAAUGCUUUGACAGAUGAUUCCAGUGUUCCAGAAACCCCUGAAGCAAAAAGGACAACACAAUCAUCUUUUUUUAAGUGUCAGAAAGAUGUUAUUGAAUUGUCAUCAGAAAGUGAAGAAGAAGUGGCACCAAAAUACUCCCGUAUAAAGCAAUUUGCUGCUCCCAGGAAGGAUGUGAUUAUUAUGUAAGUCUUAGUAAUGCCUGUUUAUUUAUACAUAUAAAUUCCCUUAUUGAUACUCAUAAAUUGAUAUUAAGGCCAUAUUUCUGAUUACUACUUUCUUACAAGCAAAUAUUUGCGGGGGGGGGGGCGGUUCGGUAUAAAAAACAAUAAAGCUUGUUAUCAUUAACUCCAUGAGAGCUCCUAAAUAGGUUUCAUUUCAUUGCAUGUUUAAUUUGUAUACCGCCUUUCUAUAUUGCUAUACACAAGGCAGUUUACAAGCCAAAGAAGCAACAAAAUAUACAAAAUCUAUUUUACGACUGUCUGAUCCAACGCAUAUGUCAUAAUAAGAAAUAUGGCUUAAAAUAAACAGCUUUAUCAAACAGCAUGAAACUAUUAAUCCCAUGGUCAUGGGUUUGAGCCCCACAUUGGGCCAAAGAGUCCUGUGUUGCACAGGGUUGUACUAGAUGAUCCUUGAGAGCCAGAUGACACUGGAGAGCCAGUGUGGUGUAGUGGUUAAGAACAGUGGACUCGUAAUCUGGUGAACCGAGUUCGCGUCCCGCUCCUCCACAUGGAGCUGCUGGGUGACCUUGGGCUAGUCACACUUCUUUGAAGUCUCUCAGCCCCACUCACCUCACAGAGUGUUUGUUGUGGGGGAGGAAGGGAAAGGAGAUUGUUAGCCUCUUUGAGACUCCUUAGGAAAGCGGGAUAUCAAAUCCAAACUCUUCUUCUUGUGGUCCCUUCCGACUCUGUGAUUCUAUUCUAUUCUAUUCUAUUCUAUUCUAUUCUAUUCUAUAAUAAAGCAAUAUUCAGUAUUCCAUUAGAAUCUAAUAGUGCACAAUAAAAUUGACUCUCAAAAUACCAGCAAAUAAUUAAACAGAAAUUCACUCUCAACAAUAACAAUAAAUCCUUACUAAAUUAUGAUCAAUAAAAAUUACAGUACUUAAAAAUACCACAAUACAGUUUAAAAGAAUUAAGUAACAAGGUUACAUAACUUGUAAAAUGAUUAAUCCCUCCCCACCCCACCAGCUCCUCUCUUUCUAAAUUGCUUUGCUGAUCUUCAAGCCAUGACCUGGGGGCAAGGAAGCUGUUGGACAGAUGAACUUGAUUGAGGAUGGAGGAGGAGGGUCUUUUGCCCUUCUUCACACUUCUAGCCAGAGGAGCUGGCAGGGCACUGAGGUAGCUGUUUAAACGAGAUGGGGUAGCAGGUGUUAUGACUACUCACAUCUCCAUGCCUCUCUUGGGAGCAACUACGUAUAAGGUGGCCUUACAGGUUACUAUGACAUUGAGAAUUCUGGUGCCUUGGAACUGAAGGCCUGAGGGAAGGCAGUAGUGGGCAGGAUGGAUUGAUAAGUAAAUCAAUCAAUCCAUCAAGGUUUUUGCCCUGUAACUCACUCCUAGGUUAGAACUGUCCACUGAAGAAAAUGAAUGUUCAUAGUAAGUCCAAAAUUCAUUCCAUUUUCACCAAGUUUACCAUUUCGUUAGCCAAAGACUGUAGGCCCAAGAACAUAUAUUAUUUACUUAUUAAAUUGGUAUGCCAGCAUUGAUCUCAGGGCAGUUCACAGCAUAAAAAUACAAGAAAACAAAACACAUAAUAAAAACAUAAAUAAAACAAUCACCCCCUCGCACACCAGCAUAAUGACAAACUGCCCACUCAAAAGGGUUGGUUGGAUUGUAAUAUAAUGAUCUUAGGUACUGCAACAUUACUAUUUAACAUAUACAGUGGUACCUCGGGUUACAUACGCUUCAGGUUGCAUACACUUCAGGUUACAGACUCUGCUAACCCAGAAAUAUUACCUCGGGUUAAGAACUUUGCUUCAGGAUGAGAACAGAAAUCGUGCUCCGGCGGCGAAACGGCAGCAGCAGGAGGCCCCAUUAGCUAAAGUGGUGCUUCAGGUUAAGAACAGUUUCAGGUUGACUUCCGGAACAAAUUAAGUUCUUAACCCGAGGUAUCACUGUAUUCAAUAAAGUCCAUAGAGUUAAAAAGAAGUGAAUCUCAGUUAUUGAAACAAGCAUUAUUUAUUUUAAAAUCUCUCCUGAUUAUAGAUGCAUUCCUCCUUCAAUCUGAAUUUUAAAUGCAUCCGUUGUUUUUAACUAUGAAAAAUAAUUCUUGGUAUCAUUAAAUAAAUUCUCAAAAAAUACUUUUUUAUAUGAUACAUGGAGCAUUUUUUAUUGUUUCCAUAGAGCUUUGCUUAAUUAUGUACUUACUUUUUAUGAUCUUUAAUUACACAGCAUCUUCAAGAAAAAGAUAUUAUAAAUGACAACAACUUGAUAAUUAGAUGAGCAUUUUAACAUGCCCUCAGGCAUUCGGUUUUAUAAAAAGAUUUGGAAGAUAAUGUAUUAUGAGUUAAGUUUUCAAAUAAAUGAAUGGAGUUUUGAAACUACUUUUUAUCUCUUGUAAUUAAUGCAUUUAAUUCCUUUUCCCAAGGCAACACUAAGGCAAAUUAACAAGUGUUUAACACCUCUUGAAAAGGGCUGCUUCAUUUCACUGUGGUCAGGUGUUGCGGUUCAGAAUCAACUUCCUAGCUGAGUGUGUAAACUAGAUGGUAUUCGAUAAGGCCUUAUUUCUCUUUGUUAAUAAUUCUGUUAUUGCUCAAGUGUACUUGAGUGACUCCUGUAAAGUAUUUGCUGUGCUCAUGAGAUAGAGAAAACGAACUUCUCAGUCAAUAACUAGGCCUUCCUAGCGUGUUCAGAAUCUUUUUUUGUUGAACAAAGGAACUAACCUAAUCUUUGUAAAUAGCCAGUCACUUAUGGCCAUUAAGUGGAGCCACUUACGGAAGCAUUAGGUGCUUCCAGUCCACAUAAUUAUUGUCAGCCCACAGAAGCAUCUCUUUUGUUGAUCAGAGUCUGCUCAGUCUAUGCAGGGUAGCCAGUGUGAUGCUGUUGAUCUCCCAGUUUCCAUUAGCCGUGGCCAAACUUGGUCAAGGAUGAUGGGAAUUAUAGUCUAUAACAACAUCUGGUCAAUACCACAUUGGAUAUUCCUGUACAACCACUUUUGUGUGUGUGACAGGUGCAUAUACAUAUUGUCUAGGAAUUCUUGUAUCAACUGUGCUGUACAACUUAUGUGAUUUUUAAGAGCUUCGCUGUGUACCUAUGAAAUCUUAUAAGCUAUCCACACACUCUCUUGAGUAGAUGUAACCUUAAAAGCCAGUAGGGUUGGAAUACAGAAACAUUGGCACAGAACAAUGUAGAAUAUAGGUAAAUUAGUUUUGACAAUAUUUUUGAGAUUUCUUAGAUGCAACUCAGAAUGUUCAUGGAUGGGUAAUGUUGCAUGGGGUAACUGGCAAUUUUCUUGAAAGCUACUUUGACAUCAGAAAGGCAUAAUCUUAGAAAAUUAGGUUUCACCUUCUUACAGAGAAAAUGUUGCAUCUGCUGCAGCAGAAUACUCCAGAGAGGAAUGCAGAUAAAUUCCCUAGACAGAAACGUAGCCUAUAAACAGCUCCUGUGUUGGGUAAGUUUUUAUGAUAAGGCUAGAGCUAAUCGCUUGCUUUCCCAAGGCUCUUGACAGGGCAGCUGGUUUUAAAAGUUAGAUUCCAAAGGAGUAGCCCUAUCAGUCUUUUUGCAGUAAAAAACAAUGAAGAGUGUUGUGCACCUUAAAGACCAGUUUUAAGAUGGUAUACCCAUUCAGAGAUUACAGUUCACUCAGUCAGAUGUGUCCAUGAAAUCCUAUGACAUAAUAAAUUUGCUGUUAUUCCUACCAGUGCUACUGUGUUUAUAUAUUUAUAGAAAAUGCAAUACUACGGUGCUUGACUAAAAUGGUGUAAAUAUUUUUACCAUGCACGACAGCUCAGAGCCUUCAGAUAGUGAAGAGGAUGAAGGCAAGCCAUCAAAAUCUGUUAAGGAAAAUGAAGAAGAGGAGGAAGAGGAGGAGGAUCUGAACUAUUGCAAACUCCAAACACUAAAGGAACUCUUUCCACAAAAAAGUGACCAAGAGUUAUUACAAGUACAGUAAUAUACUUUUGAAUUGUUAGCUAAUUUGAAAGGAGCACCAGUCAUAAAAUAUUGUGAAGAAUGAAUUACAAUAUUUAGUCUUAAAGCAGUGUUAGUGUACACUUGGAAGUGAGCUACUUACUCUCACCUUCUCACUCAUUCUCUCACACACUGUGACUCAGGGAAUUCUGUUUUCAAAUCUUGCAUUUUCUGUGAACAGAGUAGGUGAUCUUGGAUAGGCAACUCUUCUAUAUAUAGUGGCCUGAGAACUUAGUCUCUUAUACUAUCUACCUUUCAUGAGUUCAUUCGUAUUAGAAUGUAUACUCUUGCCAUUUUGUCCUAUAAAGUGUGAUUCCCCCCCCCCCCCAAGGGCACAUAAAAAUGAUUAGAAAUGCAAUCCAUAAAAUAAUAGCUUAAGUAAAUGUUAUUUAAGUAGAAGCUUAAAGGCUUGCUGAGGUGGUCCAUGGAAAGCUCUUUGAAACUCAUAGCAGCAUAUAAUCAUUAAAUAGUGCCAGUGAAAGAAUUGUAGAGUGGGCAUGCAGAAUGUAGCAGCUUCCUGAGAAUCUCUGCUUUCCCUCUUAAACAAGUUUUUGACCCACUGUGACUGUCAUGAUGCAGUUGAAAUAAUGUGGGCAAUGUCUCCUAACAGCUCAGAAGGCAAAUGGAUUUCCAGUGGACUACAGUGUAUUGCAUAACUCCUCUCCCUUUAUCAGUAGCAAGUUUUCCCAAUUUGCAUAAAUUGUAUGGAUUGCAGAAUUCAUAUUUUUUGGGGUGGACAAUUUGAAUACAGAAGAACUUUCAAAAACCAUGCAUAGGAUUUUACUGUAAAUUCUUCAGAAUAUAAUUGAAAUUCCUCUAAUUUUAAUAAAGAAAUGUUUGUUGACUUUUUUGUCCUUUCUCUCUCUCUCUCUAGCUGAUAUCAUCAACUGCUACAAUGGAUGAAGCUAUAGCUGAAGGCUUGAAGUUGAAUGAGGAAGGUAAGAAGUACUGGUACUUUCUGUUAAUAGUUUCCAAGCAGUUUUUUACCUAGCACUUUAGCACUGGUUGGCACAGAAAAUGCUAUGCAAUUCCUUUUUGUUUUAACCACUCUAAAUAAUUUGAUGUCAUCUGCAAAUACGGACGCCCAACUAGUUACCCUUAACCCUAGAUUAUUUAUGAUCAAGUUGCAAAGCACUGGUGCCCAUACCAUCUUUGCCCAUACCCAUCUUUGGGGACCUAACUGUCUAAGGCCCUUCAUUGCUGAUUCAUAAAUUCAGAUAUAAUUCCAUCUACAAAGCAUUUCUAUGCCUAAUUUUGCAUAUGUUCACAUGAAUAUUGGUUAAGUUCCAUUUUGUGUACUCCAUUUGCUUCAUAUUAUCAGGAUCAGUUUGAAGGCUAGGUAUUGGCAAAUGCAGUGGUGAUCUCACUUGUGAUAGCAUACAGAUAAGUUGGUAUCAUCUGUGGAAGUCAGUUCUACUGAAGUUAAGGGGACUUGCAACACACUCUUGCACAUAUUAACUCAGAAGUAAGAAUUAACUACAUAGUAUGGUCUUGGAUUUUGGCUACAAGUUAUUUCAACUGUACAUCUCUUGCAUGUCUCAAAAUGGCAUUUCUUUCCUUGUUUGUUUUUGCUCCUUGGCUUCCCCUUCCAUCCAAUUUUCAUUUUUUUUUAAAACUGAAAUUUUACAUCUUUUUAUAGCCUCUCAAAUGUAUAUCUUUUUUAACAGCAAACUUUUGUGAAAAACAUUUCGGCUAGUCGUCCUGUGUAUAAAAUAAUAGACAUGAAGAAACAUGCCUGAAUAUAAGGGCAUGGUUCCUUUGAUUCUGAGCAAGUUUUAAAAGAAGGAGGAAUUUCUGAACAUCUGCUAUUUUUUUGUUUCAGUGGGUUUGUUUGUGUGUGUUUGGUGGAUGGGUGGGAGAGAAAAAACUGGCAAAAUUUUAUUUAUUUUAUUUCUUAUGAACUGCCAACUCAUAACAAAAAUGUUAGUAUACAAUAAAAUUUCUACAUUUUUUACUGUUUGGUUAAUUUGAAGUAAAAAACAGUUUUUGGUUUUGAUUAAAGGGCAUUUAGAUUAAUUGCUAAGCAACAAAGUGCUUUGAUACUGGACUGCAAGAAGUUGCCAAUUUUUUAAAAAUCCCCUUUUUAAUUUCAAAAGGCAGCUCUCGCAAAAGGAAACUUGAGGAAAGUGCCAACGAUGGUACUGAAGAUGAGGAUGACCAAAAUACGAAAAAGAAAAAGCUUGAUCCUGUAAGUAGCUGGUUGUAACUUCCUUUACAUACAGAACCCCAAAUUAGCACUCGUUGAGUAAACACCUUGUCAAGAUUUUCCAUGUGUGUUCAGUUCCUGAGCUAAUUAUUUAUGAGAUGAGUGCUAGAGCAUUGGAAAUUAAACGUUUUCCUAAUCAUAUCUCUUUCAUACACUGAAUUUUCUGUAUUUAAUGCAUGACUUGGUAGCCACAUGUCCGAGUUAGUUCACAGGGGGGAAAUCACAGAUGUUUGGGCAGCUCCAAUUCCUCUAAGCCAUUUUGUGUGGCCUCUGACCGCUUUCUUUCUAAAUACACAGAUGAAGUUUUCAAACCUUAAGUGUGCUGAAAAUAAUCUUGGUGAAGACAUUAAUCCAUAUCUGGCUACAAUAAGUGCCGCUGAUGAAUCUGGAGGUUUAGCUGUAUCUGCUACACCAGGGAUAGGGAACCUUUUUUCAGUCUGAGGACCAUGUUACUUUAUGGGCAGCCUGCCAGGGGCCACAUUCUGGUAAUUGAGGAAAAGUGAGCAGUGCAGCAAGUGUAAAUUUUUAACAUUUGUACAGUAGGCAAUGUCUGAGAAACACUCACACACUCUUCUCUAUUCGCUACCCAGGCAAGUAAAAGGCAUUAUCAGAUUUGAAGGACAUUUCCAACCACACAAACACUUGAAGGAAGGUGUGAAGCAGGACUAGUCGGGGGGGGGGGGGGGAGGUUGGGGCAGAGUUGUGAAGGACAGUUAGGAAGGCUUGCAGGGGGCUGCCUUUGGCCCCCAGGCCUGAGGUUUCUCACCCAUGGACCACACACAAUUGUGGUUCCUUCAAGUUACCUUUUUCAUUCAGUGGGCAAGUGUGUUGUCUAGUUAGUGGCGUAGGAUAAGUCUAAAAUAAAUGAAUCUUUUCUGAACUGUAGUUGCAGAGUCCUGAGAAUCAGUGGGAAAAGCGUGAAAAUCUAGUAUGCAAACUGCACAAAGAAUUUCCCAGCUUGGAUAAAGAGGUAUGUUACAUUCAGCCAAAAAUGUGUUGUAUAUAACCCUCUUACAAAAAUUAGUCCACAUUCUAGUUACUGUUAUUAGCUCUCUUCCCUUUGCAUAGGGAUUUGGAAUUGUGUAAAAGAGAUGAAGUGACUUGAUCACGAGUACUUUUUUUUAGGAUACUCCAUUCCAUUUUCCCCCAUCCCCAGUUUUCCAUUAUCCUCCCUCCCUUCAGAUACUCAGUGCUCAUCAACCCUCCCUUUAAGCUAGUGAUGGCCAAACUUGGCCCUCCAGCUGUUUUGGGACUACAAUUCCCAUCAUCCCUGACCACUGGUCCUGUUAGCUAGGGAUGAUGGGAGUUGUAGUCCCAAAACAGCUGGAGGGCCAAGUUUGGCCAUCACUGCUUUAAGCUUUUCUAAAGUCUUUCGUACCUCUGCCAACAUUGGGAUUAUCCCAAGCCUGCUGAAACUUUCUUCUUCUACAUGAAUAGUGUCAUAUUUGCUACAUAAGGGUAGACACUUGGAGAAUGGAUUUAUUGUUAGUGUAUAUAAUAUAUAUAAUAGUAUGUGUAAUAAUUGAGCAAUCUAGGAAUAGAUUCAGCAGUCAGUCCACAUUAUGAGCUAGAAUAGACAGUUAAUAUUACAGUAGAAGAUAGUGUUGUAAAGAAAUAAUGUGAGACAUUCUUGAAUUUGCAGCUAGUGAUCUGGAGUACUUUCAGCUUUAAUUGUUGGAUAAAAUGUAAAGGUAAAGAGCAAUUUUGUACUGGGCAGUAGUAGCCACAGUGUAUAUUGUAUGUUCUCAUAGUUGCUGUAAAUGAGAAGGUUCCUUGAUUGUCUUCUUUGUUUUUAUCUGCAUAGAUGUUUGUCUAGUUAUGAUAAUACAUUGAUAUUCAUAGGCUGUUAAUUCUGUGACUAUAUAGGAUUUCUGCUUACUGUUUCUUAAAUAGGAGCUGAGAGAUGUACUUCGGGAACACAACUGGAUAUUUCAGGAAGCUUUUGAAUCUUUAAAAGUAUUCAUGGAAGAUCAUGAGGGUAAAGAGUAUUUCGUUUUCAUACACACACACACACACACAUAUAUAUAUACAUACACCCAUAUAGGCUUUAUCAUCCCAAGGAGUUACGUGUCCUGUUGUAAGUAAUAUGUGAAAUAUUUUUAAAUGGGAAAAAUGACCAAGUCAGAUGCUGAUAUAAGAAUAUAUCUUUUAUUAUCAAUGAUUCUGUGAUGGAGUAAAAGUUGAGGAAUUCUAAGUGAUGUAAGGCUUGAGUGACAAUUGUGGGCAGAACUAUUGCAAUGUAUUUUCAAUCCUGCAAUCUCUUACCAUUUGGUGAGAGCCUUGUGGAUGUAUGCCUAAGGUCUUCCUAGACCAGGCAUCCCCACACUCGGCCCGCCAGGUGUUUUGGGACUACAAUUCCCAUCAUCCCUGACCACUGGUCCUGUUAGCUAGGGCUGAUGGGAGUUGUAGUCCCAAAACAUCUGGAGGGCCGAGUUUGGGGAUGCCUAUCCUAGACAGACUUCAGAAAUUGCUGUUCCUGCUUGCAGUCUCUCACUAUGUCAAGCAACACUCUGAAAUGUUCUCUGACUUCCCACAAAUGACUUCAGGAGAGGCUUUAGUGAUGGAGGUUCUGCUAUGCAACGAAGAGCCCAAAAUGAUAUGAGCAGAAGCAACUUAGCAGCAUUGCUCUCUUCUCUGCCAUUCUUUCUGUUUCUUUCCUUUUCUUCAUGUUUUCCUUCCCAACUAGGGAUCUAAGAUUGGGAAGGGUCACAGCUCAAUGGCAGCACACAUGCUUUUCAUAUAGAAGGUCCCAGGUUCAAUUCCUGGCAUCUUCAGGUAGGGAAUAAAACAGAUUCCUGUCUGAAAUUCUGGAGGGUUGCUGCCAGUCAGUGUAGACUGUACUGAGCUAGAUGGACCAGUGGUCUGACUUACUAUCAGGCAGCAACCUUUGUCCCUAAGAGUGGAGCUGCAGUGUAAGCAUUCUGCAUAUUUCAACUAGCCAUCUUCAUCCUGCAUUAAUGUCAUUGUACCGCUGUUAUUACAAUUAAAAUAUUUUAGAUUGUAAACUGAUGGAAGGAACCUCUCUAAUUCUUUGUAGAAUACUUAAUAGACACUGCCAUACCACACUGCCAAGAAGGAUGCAACAUAUUUCACAUCCUCCCUUUCUUGAUUGUUACUAAGCACUACUUCUGACAUUCAAAUGUACUGUUUCCUGAGCUUUCAAGUCAGUCUUGUUGGUGAUCGCUGAUGCCAUUUAAGUAGACUUUCAUAUCCCUGCUAGAGAGCUGCCAUAUACUGCUGCUGCCACUAGCUUCUUCCCAGCCUUUUGGUUCUACCAACAUAUUCUCUGCUUGAUUUUUUUAAAAAAAACAACACCAUCAGCAGAUCAAAUUGCUAGAAAAGCAACAACAAUAAAAAUGACUGCAAUUUGUUGUUUGUUCUAGAAUAUACUUUGCAGUUAUCAGUUGAAUGAGAGCUUUUUUUGUUGUCUGAUUUUGUGUUCAAAGCUGAUUAUUUUAGUUUUGGAGGCAUCUUCAAAAAUAGUAUAGUGAUUUCAUAAUGACCUCUGCUUAUUGACUUCUGCUCCAUUUACACAAUGGGGUUUUCCUUCCCUCCCCUUCAGACUCCUGUUGUAAUAAUAAUAAUAAUUGAUUUAUACCCUGCCCAUCUGGUUGGGUUUCCCCAGCCACUCUGGGCGACUUCCAACAAAAUAUUUAAAAUACAAUAAAACUCCAAACAUUAAAAACUUCCCUAAACAGGACUGCCUUCAGGUGUCUUCAAGUCAGAUAGUUGUUUAUUUCCUUGACAUCUGAUGGGAGGGCAUUCCACAGGGCAGGUGCCACUAUUGAGAAGGCCUGUAAGAUCACUUCUUGCUGUGAGGAAACAGCCAGAAGGCCCUUGGAGCUGGACUUCAGUGUCCGGGCUGAACGAUGGGGGUGGAGACACUCCUUCAGGUAUACUGGGCUGAGGCCGUUUAGGGCAUUUCAGGUCAGCGCCAACACUUUGAAUUGUGCUCAGAAACAUACUGGGAGCCAAUGUAGGUCUUUCAGGACCGGUGUUAUGUGUUUUUGGCAUGGGAAGAUGUGCAGGAAGGCUUGUGUGGGCAAGGGUACCUUCUGCUUGAGCUAGAGGACCUUGGGAUCCAAGCCCAAGUGAUGCUUCCAAAUACCGUAUUUUUCGCUCUAUAAGACGCACCAGACCAUAAAACGCACCUAGUUUUUGGAGGCGGAAAACAAGAAAAAAAUAUAUUCUGAAUCUCAGAAGCCAGAACAGCAAGAGGGAUCACUGCACAGCGAAAGCAGCAAUCCCUCUUGCUGUUCUGGCUUCUGGGAUAGCUGCGCAGCCUGCAUUCGCUCCAUAAGACACGCACACAUUUCCCCUUACUUUUUAGGAGGGAAAAAGUGAGUCUUAUAGAGCAAAAAAUACGGUAAAUGUGUUUGCAUUCCAAGUCUAGGCCAAUAUCCAGAAGGACCUUAUAUACAUGUCCAAGUGCUUUCAUGCGUGUCUCUCCUCCCUGCUCUGUGUUAGAGGUAGUUCCCGAAGUUCCCCUAGGACAGUUUUGGGAACCACAGUGAUUUUCUCAUGGCUCAGCACCUUUGUAAAUCGGAUCACGUUUUAUAUAAAUAAAAUGUUUUGGUUUAUAGUAAUGCGCUUAAAAUAGUAAAUUUAUGUACCGAGAAAGUGUUUGGGAAAGAGACUAGGCUUGAGCAUCUUGAUUAUAAGUGUCUGGAAGAUAAUUGCAAAUAACAAGAGAAAUACUGGAACAAAUUCGUUUAUUUUAAAAUAUCUCCUGCCUUUCUGCUUGUCACUGGCUGGUUGAACUAUGUAAAAUGUCAGUAUGCUGGACCCUAAUUGUUACCGCAGCUGCUGCAGCUGCUUCAGCUGCUGCAUUUCUGCAGUAGCCAUGGGAAGUGUUCUAUAACAACCAGAAAUGGGUAGUACCAGAUAUUUUUUGUACUAUGGGCGUGGGGCAUCUCUUCUCCUAAGCACUUGAACAAUUUGAAAUUGCUGGCUUAUUCCAGCAGCAGGGGACUUAGGAAUGUCCUGUAAUGAACAGUGAUGUACAAUGCCCCCUCAAGUUCUCACAUGUUACUGCUGGCGUUCUGCUUGCUUCUCUUUUUAAAAAUUGCAUUACUAACACUUCAUUAAAUAGAGGCAUAAUAUUUUAGGUACCUUAUAAAAUGAUGAGCACAUUUAAAAGCUGAGGCCAGGAUCCAAAUACUUGCUUGUGUGAACACAGGAACUUGUAGCAGCCUAGUAGAAUUUUUCAUCUCAGCAGCAUACUUACACACCUUACUCUCCAUCAUCCCCACAAACACACAAUGUCACAAAGUUCUGUCAUUUUUAAAAGCAGUUUGCCAUAUGUGUGAGGAGCUGCUCUUUGAGAAGUACAAGUCAAAAAGCUUCUUAUAGCUCACCGUUUUUGUCCUGACCUUGCUACAUUAGAACGCACUACAUUAUCUAUUCUGGCAUCUGCAAAAAGACUCCUUUAACUUUUAUUUUAAGUUUUGUGUGAACUGAAUUAAUUGCUGUGACUCCAUAGUGAGUGUUCCACAAAUACACAUUACCAACUUUUAUUUAGGAAUAUAUGUGCUUGUUAUAUUUAUAAGCCAUCCAUAUAACAUAGUUCCCUAGGGUGGUUUAUAGACCUAUUAGAAAUAAAAAAGCAGCCCACAGUUUAAAUAGUAAAAACAAUUAUAAUUAAUACAAAUUAGAGCAGGGAAACCUAGAGAACCAGCUUAGACAUAGCAGCUAAAACUAUUUAAAACUGUCAAAAAGAUAAUUUGGUUCAAGAGUCUAAAAGAACCAGAUAAAAGUAGCCUUUGUAAUUAAAAAGUCUAGAAGAACAAAAAGAUAAGCCUCUCUAGGGACAGCAUAAGAGGAGGUGAGCUGUCUGAAAAAUACCCUUUUCAACUUCUGUUGUUAAAUAUAACAAUGUACUGCUACUUGCAUUCCAUUUAUUUCUAAUAAAAGUCUUUAAUGUACACUUAUACUGUAAUAAUGGGUGAAAUAGCUAAGCUGACUUUCCUAACAAGGCUAAAAUACAAAUCCCUUUUAUUAUGCAACUAUUUACUGUUUUACAGUGAAUUCUUCUAAUAUAAUUGAAUUAUUUAACUCUCCUUUAAGCAAUAUUUCUUACAACUAUGAAAUAUUAGAAAGUAGCAAGAUAGUUAGUUACAUGACAGCUCAAACUAUGUCUUCUCAGAAGUAAGUCCUAUUUAAUUCAGUGGGGCUAGGAUUUCAGCUUAAGUUACCUUAUUUCCAAAAGAACUGAAUUUGAGAUACUGAAAAUGUUUCAUGACUAAGAUGUCUUUAAAAGUACAGAAUUGCAAAAAGUGUUUUAAAUAAGCAAUACAGGCAUGUUUUACUGUUGCUGAAUGUGUCGUCAUUACAUUAAAACAGAUUUGGGUACAAAAUAACACUUCUUGCUUAAAACUAUUAACAGGUGUCCUGUUCUGCAAGACAUUAGUGAAAAGCAAUGGCUGUUUAAUGUCCUGAUUUAACCAGUUAAUAUUUAUUUAGAGCUUGAGAAGAAAAUGUCUGUUACUCCACCUGUAUGUGAUACUAACAAUAAUAUUUAAGCUUUUAAAUAGGAUUGUGCAAUGUUCUGUUAUGAUUGUCAGAUAUCAGAGCAGCACAAUGCAGUCAUGGGAAUAGUGCCAAAUAUUGGAUAAAAUGUUUUUGAGUAAGGAAAUGGAAGCUUAUUCCAUAAAGUAGGCAUUGGUUCUGUGCAGCUCUUCCCCCCCCCCCCAUCAUUACUGUCGUCUUGUAAGUUCUCUCUGUGUUGUUUUUUUUUAAUGCAUAUACAGAUACCCAAUACCCCUCCAAAAGUGAAGUUUCAAAUGGAAAGGGGGUCUCCGUUAAUAACAGCCAUUAUCGCCAGAAUGACACUAAUGUGAAGCUCAAAGAGAAAUCCUCCACACGAACUGAGAACGGCUUCAGAAAGAAAGAUAAAAAGAAAAAAAUCUGGAGUACUAAAAGGGACUCUCAAGAUUUGGAGUACGAGUCUGCUUCGGAAGCUGGCAGCUCCCUUGAUGAGGACUACGGUGGUAGUGAUGAUGUGAUGGAGGAUGGUUACAAAACUAAAAUUCUUAGUUUCCUGCAAGAUGCUUCACUGGGUGAACUCACUUUGAUCCCCCAGUGCUCUCAGAAAAAGGCUCAGAAGAUAGUAGAGCUCCGUCCCUUUAAUAGUUGGGAAGCUCUGGUAAGUCUGCAUUCAUUCUUUAAAAAAUAUAUAUAUACAGCAGGUAAUAUAGUCAAGGAUGCCUUAAAUCCAAAAAGACAUAGAUGGGUGGCCUUUUCCUGAUUAGGCUAAAACACUAUGCUCAUUCUAAGCCAAUAGCAUUUCAAAUAGUGUCAGAUGACCUAAUUUUGAAUGAAUUAAGGGGUGAUUUUCCUGAAAAACCCAAGCUGAUUGGCUGGCAACACUGUCACUCACUCUUGAGCACCGAAACUUGGUUCAUUUCACUGUAGAAGAAGAAUUUAGAGCUUUCAUUUGGGAAGCUGUUGUUUGCUAGCCUGUUCUGAUCUGCUGCAGCCGAGAAACCAUGCAGAAGGCAAGAAUGUGGCAGUAUUUCUGCUGCAACUACUUCAGAGAAUCAGCAACCGACUUCCAGGGUUGCUCCAUGAUUGAAGAUGCCAGGAUGGAUAUUUUAAGCUUCACUGACGAAACGGUUCCUUUGAUGAUUUUUCUGGUGGUUGUUCCUCCUUUUAAAUCUUUAUGCUCUGUCUUUUUAACACUGGUUUUAUUAGCUGAGCAAUGUGGCCAUUUUAUGGAGUGCUAUAGCUUACAGUUUUCAAAAGCAAUGUCAGAAAACCUUAACAUAGGAAAGGAAAGAAUAAAACCUAGCUAAUGGUGAGUACUUGGUACGGUUUCCCAGUCAUUGGACUAUUUAUUUUUCAAAUGUUUGCUGUAAUUGUGUGCUUCGAGCUAUGUAUGUUCCAGGAAAGUGAAUAGCCUCUAGCCAGAGCAGUCUUGAUUUUGUGUUUGAAAAUGCUAAUAAUUCAGAAGAAAAGUUGUGGAAUUACAGUAUUUUUAACUUUGUGAUUUCUGUUUGAUGUGGUUUUAGAGAAAUAGUAGUAAAUGGGCCCUUUUGACAGUUAGGUGUUGUACCGACUGUAUUUUUUAAAGUAGUAUUCUCAGGUGGGGGGGGGGGAGUUGAUGGGAAUUGUAUUUUUAUGUAUAUGUUCAGUUUUGUUUUGUUUUGAUUUUAAAAGACCCCUAUUAUAUAUGCUGCGUGCUAGUGCUAUAUAUGCUAGUGGUCUUUUAAAAUAAUGGUGCAUUUCAUCAUUAGUUCCUAGGAUGACUUGGUCAAGUUUUCAAACUUUUAUAUUUUAAAGAGUGUACGCAAAUUCACAGAAGUGCAGCUUUACUGAAAUGCUGCUCCGGAGACUGUUUUGCCUGAAGCCUUUGACUUUGAACAGAACAUCUGUCUGUUCUGAAACAUGUCGAGCUUCGCCGAGACAGAUUCUUUGCAAAAGUAAUUGCUAAAGGGCUGCCAUCCUCUGAAAUAGUUCCAUACAAUUAAGCUGUGUGGGCCUGUUUGUAUUAAACAAUCCCUUUCAUAAGAGCUCUUUGUCAGCACCCGGAGAGCUGCAUAGUUGCUGUAACUACAUGCCCACAGUUUUAAUAAAAUGCAGCAAAUUGGAGAUCUUGAAAGUUUGAAGGAGCAGCUUUUAAAUGUGCUUAAGGCCGACUCUGCAGAGCAGGCCAAACGUUUUUGCUACUAAGUAGUAAUGCUAUCUUGAAACAUGUUUAAUUCUAGCUUUAUUUUGCUGAAUGCAAAAGGUAACCAAACAGUUUUAGUCUACAUCCAAAAGGCACAUGUUAGAAGUAUUUAAUUUUAUUUUAGUGUUUCCAUAUUUAGUCCAUGUUUUUAAAAUUUGCAUGCUUCCUUCAUAGUCUGAAAUACCUUAAUUCAUGGAAACUGUAAAUUUAGAUUAGGCUUCUUUAAUCUGUGUGUAAAAUCAUGAAUUUAAUUAGUGGGAAAUGUGCCUAAUUAGUGGCAAAGUCAUUAUUUACUGUAUUUUUCUGUGUAUAAGACUAGGGUUUUUUUACCAAAAAAUUAGGUUUAAAAUUGGGGCUCAUCUUAUCCACGGGUAGUGCUGAGGGGUAUUUUCCUAAUUUAGAGUCCCCAAAAAUAGGGAGUGUCUUAUACAUGGGGGUGUUUUAUACAUGGAAAAAUAUGGUAAAUAUGUUGGGUUAUAUCCAAAUUUCCUUUCCUCCAACAGAAGGGGUUCUCUCCUGAGGAAGAACACCUUUGUGUGCAGGUCAUUUUGCCUGCUUAUACUCUUAUAUAAAGAAGACGUGUCUAAAAUUUGUGAAAGGGUAUUAGUGCUUAUUACAGAGUAGUGGGGACCUCAUCUGAACUAUUUAUAAUUAUGUGUAGCUUAUUUUACUCUUCCGGGGGAGGGGGGGGAGAAAGCAUGAAGUCUGUGAAACUAGUGUGUAUAUUGUUACUCUCCCCCACAAAAGAACACCUAAUGGAAAAUGUGAAACUUUUUCUGUUAGACAAUAUGCAUGAGAGAUCCAGUUCUCCGUAACAGUCCGGCAAUCACAGGUUAAAAUGAAAUGUGUAUACAGAGACCUUAGUUCUGCAGAUCUCAUUGGAAAGAAUAGAACUUGGCUAAAUUGAGGGCUUGAUUCAAAGACUUCAGAGACAUACACAAGCUUUGGGAAGUAAUGAGCUCAAGCUACCUAUAGGUUGGGGUGCUGCAGCUUGGCAGUAGAUGCAUUGCAUGCAGAAGGUCCCCAAGCUGAAUUAUCUUACAUCUUCAGUUGAAUAAUAAUAAUAAGAGAGAAACCUUGGAAGAACCAGUGGCAUUCAGAAAGGGCAACAGAUCUGUGCAGGGGGUAGGUGGGUGGAGGCAGCCAGGUACAUUUGCCCCAGAACUCAGAGGGCUAAGCUGGCAAGGGGACCCACCAGGGACUGGCUGCCUUUUUUGUUUUGUUUAUAACAUUACUCUAAUUAAGACUGCUGCCCUGGGCCUCCGACAACCUCUGCACUUAACUUUAGACAUAUGAAACUGACCUAAACCAAGUCGGAUCAUCUUGUCCAGUACUGCCCCAGAGGCCCCUGCUGAGGUUUUCUAGGUCUUUUGGUAGUGGGACUUUAAAAUGCUGAAUUGUAUCCAGAUUGCAGUUGUACUUAUCAAAUGGACAAACCUGAGCAGCUUUUGCAUAAACUGCUUAUCAUAUUGUUCAUGAGGCUCAAGUUGGAAAACAGCUGAAGGUUCUUCUUGUUGUAACUUGGAAACAGAUGUUAACAAUCUGACAUGAAACAAAAUGGGUGGUUUUUAUAGCAGAUGGUUUCACUUGAGGUGCAUUAUUUAAAGAUUAUAAGUUUUAUCUUUAUGCCAACCUGAGCUUUAGGCAUCUAGAAUAAUUAAUAGAAUUUUUAAUCUCCUGUUUAAAAUAACUUUGUGGGGUUUUUUUAAACAAACAAACAAACAAACACGCUUUUCUACUCCUGGUGGUUCAGUGUUGUUUAAAUUUCAAAGUAUUCUGUUGAUGUUUAAACUUACUUUCAAAAAGACUUCACCACAACAGCCAAAUCAAGCUACCGUGAAUGUACAGAAAUGCACUUUUCAAAUGAGGUGUUCCUUUCUAAUGGAAAUUAGUGGCAAAUAGAUUAGUCAGAAAUUUAAGACUUCUGCACUGUUUGUUUGCUUGCUUGCUUGCUUGCUUGCUUGCUUGCUGGGAGUUCUUGAUAGGUAUCACUCUUUCAAUAUUCUUCUCCCAUCUGGCUCAAUCUAUCUCAUUUUAUUUAUUUUUAUAAGAAAACUUUUAGCCACCCUUCAUCAUGCAUGCUAGGGUGGGUUACAGUACAGUAAAACAACUGUACAAGUAUAGCAAAUUCAACACAGCUUCCAAAGACACCAAAAUACUGGGUUUUAUAUAAUAAAGCCAUCCUCCUAGUACAGGGGUUUCUCCCCACAUGUCCCCAUACCUCCCCUUUCAAAUCUACUUGUGGUGGUUGAAGAAAACCACAGAACAAAUGUGAGGGGGAGUGAAGGAGAGAGAAGAAGUACAAAUGAGGCAACUUCUUUGGAUACAACCCAACGAAUCACAAUUUCGAUGCCUUACUUGCAGCUGUAACACCCCCCCCCCCAAAAAAGCGCCUGGGCAAACCAAUGUGCCAAAAGAACAGAAGUGUCAGUGCCAUUAUGCAUCUGCAGGAGGAUAUUCCACUGUCAGGGUGCCAACAUAGAAAAAUGUAUUUGUCCUAAUGGUGGAGCAAUGAGAAGGGCCUCCCAUGAUAUGAUACGAUACAAUAAUCUUUACUGACAUUGUCCCAUACAGAACAACGAAAUUGAAAAAAUCUACUUCAGACAUUAAAAAACCAACAAGCCUGCUAUCCCAGCCUGGUUAACCCCCUAAUUAAAUACCCCCUAAUUAAAUCUCUGAUACCCCAUAAUUAAAUACAGCAUUUUGUGUCGGCUAUAAAUAAUUCGUCCUAACAAACCCUGACUCCUCUCCAUGGAGCACUCAGUCACAGUGUCUGCAUGUGCCACCAUCUUGCAUACUUCUUGCAUCUUGCAUGAAGAGUACCUGUAGGCCAGGCUUCCUCAGACUUGGCCCUCCAGAUGUUUUUGAGACUACAGUUCCCAUCAUCCCUUGCCACUGGUCCUUCUAGCUGGGGGUGAUGGGCGUUGUAGGCCAAAAACAUCUGGAAGGCCGAGUUUGAGGAAGCCUGCUGUAGGCUAAUGCAGAGAGAGUUGGUCAUUCAAGGAUUUGGGUGUUCUACCACCUCAUUCUGCCACAAGUGUAGACUAUGCCAUGCUUUUUUAGUACAAAGGAAACAGAGGAGUUCCUUUUUAGCUCAUGUUGAUUUUUCAGAAUGCCUUGAAUGGGCUUUAUAAGCAAGCCAUGGUUGUGAAGCAAUCCUCGCAAAGCAAAAUAAAACAAAAAUACCUUUUCAUUUUACACAUUAUGCAUGAGAUUAAGGUGCUGUAUUGUACUCAUUUGCAAUAGUGAGCCCGACAAAAGGCUAUUAUAGCUUUGGGAUUAGGAAAAUAUUAGCUUGUUUUUCAUUCUGUUCCUCAUAUCCUUAAAUUACUUCCCUGUUUAAACAAGUAUGGAGGGUGGUUCUCUGCUGCUAGAGGCAGUCUUAGAACUGUAGCCAGAUCUGUGACAAGUAUUGUCCAUGUUGAUUAUCUUGACACUGAAAGGGCCUCCCUCAUGCAAGGGAGAUGCAGGAACAUGAAGGCCGUAACUACUCAUGUCUGUCUUAUGCCACAACAACCCACAUUGCAAACUGGUGGCACAGCCUUCAGCAGAUCAGAGAGGCCAUCUACAAAUACUUGGAAGGCUUGAGUCAAAGACUAAACUUCUUGGAUGCAGCAUUGAAUAGCGUUAACUUUUUGUUGCUUCUGCAUCACACUGUUGACUCAUAUCAAGUUUGUGGUCUACUAAGACCUUUCGUUCCUUUUCACAUGUUGUUGUUGUUGUUUAGUCGUUUAGUCGUGUCGGACUCUUCAUGACCCCAUGGACCAGAGCACGCCAGGCACUCCUGUCUUCCACUACCUCCUGCAGUUUGGUCAGACAUGUGUUUUCACAUGUACUACUGGCAAACCCAGUUCCCCAUAUUUUAUUUGUUCAGCUUGUUCUUCCUGCCUAAGUGUAGAACCAUACAUUUUUCCCUAUUGAAAUUCAUUCUGAUAAUUUGGGCCCAGUCCUCCAAUCUGUUAAAGUAAUCUUGAAUCCUUAUUCUGUCUUCUGUGGCUUUAGCUACCCCUCCCAGAUUGGUAUUGGCUACAAAUUAAAUGAGCAUCCUCUCAGUUCCUUCAGCCAAAUCAUUUAUAUGGACGUUGAAGAACAACAGAACCCUGCAGUACUCCACUUGUCACUUUUUUCCAGGAUCAUGAGGAACCAUAAGUGAACUCUUUGGGUUUAGUCAGUCAACUAGCUACAAAUCCACCUAACAGUUACCUCACCCAGCCCACAUUUUACCAGCUUCUCCACAAAAGCAGGAUUUUGUCAAAAGCCUCACUGAAAUCAAGAUACACUAGAAAGAACAGAAGCUGAUUUGUUUAAAGUAUCUAAUGCUAUAUUUCAAAAAUAUAUGAGUAGGUGCAAAAAUUAUACCCCGUUAUACUUUCAGUAGCACAUUAAUUCUGUUUCUUGUAAUUGAGAGAGAUUGUUUUGAAGGUUUUUUGUGUAGAUAAAGAUCCUUCAUCUCUCAUUUGGAGUUCAGCCAGGCACAAUAAAUAAAAGCAUACACACUUUUUAAAAAAGUAUAGUACAGUAAUUUCAAUGUAGUCCAGCUUAUCUUUAGCUCUGUGUUGCCCUCUGCUGUUGAAACAUGGAUUUUCAGUUUUCUUGCAAUGUUCUAAACGUGAUCACUAAAAAUGAUAUUGGUGUUGAAAAAUUGAGUGGGUUGGAGCCUUUCCAUGAACAGAAGAUAACUCCGAAACAAUGGAUGCACCUGCAAGAGAAAGAGGGGGAGGAGGCAACUUUUUCUCUUGCAGCCCCUCAAUAGCUACACUGUCCUGGAACAGCUUUUUAAGGAGCUGCAGUAACAGAGAAAGAGAAGGACUCCUAGUCCUUCCUCUGACAGAAGUGGCCUGUGUGUGGAACUGGAUCAAUGCAACCCCAUAUUUUUGUGCUUCUUGAUGUGAGAUAGCUCACCCUAAAAAUGCAUGAACAAAUUUCUGAUUAUAUACACAAUGAAUGGGAUUCAACUAAGUUUUACUUGGAUUGUACCCAUUGAAAUUAAGUUACGAGGUCCCUUAAUUUAAGUGGUUCUACUCUGAGUAAAACUUAGUUGAAUACCACCCAUUCAUAUUUUGUGUGGGCAAGAAAAUGGAGAUAACAUGCUAUUCCAGUUUUGGUUUUUUAAUGAAGGCAAAGGCGAUCUGACAAUCACCCAAACACCACCCUUCUAACCUCAACGUUGCCUGUUUUUCCUUUGUCUCAAUCUCAAGCAUUUUUAAGCUGGCAGCUGAGUUUUCCAUCUUCACAUUGCCUUUUCCUACUGAGAAGGAACUCUUUCAAUGUAGGAGGGUUGCUGGGACAAAAUAUCAAAGUAAUAAAAAUGUGUUCACUGAUAAGUAAAUCUUCAUAAGCUUUAGAUGUAUGCCUACCAUUGCAAUUUUAAUUAAUGAAUAUCAUGGUAUUUUGGAAGAAUAAUGGAGUAAUUUGGGGCACCAAACUACAUUUGAGUUUCUUCAGGCUCAGUUUGUUUUUGCUGUCUUUAUGUUGAAGUAAUGCCUUGCUCUGCACCCCCCCCCCCCAAUGAUCUCUCAUAGUUCACAAAAAUGUGCAAGACCAAUGGGUUGUCAGAAGAUAUUAUAUGGAACUGCAAAAUAUUACUGAGAGAGAGAGCCGUCGUGUUACAGCUAAUGAACAAAUGUGAAGAGAUCUCAAAUAAACUGACCAAACAAGUGACGAGGAUCACUGGAGAUAGUGGAAGCGGAUGGAACAUUGAUCAGCCUUCCAUUCUGAAUUCAAGGUUGGUAGGAUUGCUCUCAAGUGAAUGUUACAUAAGUACCAUAAAAGAAAGGUGUAAGUAAUAGUUGCUAGAAGUUUGGUUUCCAAAUCCUCGAAGUCUAGAUGAGGAGACUGGUUUUGAAAAAUGGCCAGCACCCAUGGUGCCCUAUCCAUAUGAAGCAAAAUCACUACUCUCAUUCUCUCUCCUUGUGAAAAUUGCAUGUUUUGGAAUAGCUAGUCCAGAGGUCCCCAACCUUUUGGCAAAAAUCAAAACUGUCAUGAGCACCACUAAAUAGCUAUUUCACAGAAGAAGAAAACUAGUGAUGCUUAGAACCCCCUCCCUAAUGGGCAGAACACACAUUCACAUCCCAAAUGAAAGACAGACAAAAAAAAGGCAAGCCACCCAAAUAACAUAAAAGCUCCAAAUACCUUAUUUUAAAAAGUACUGUACUACAUUCCUGGUAAACAUCAGGUCAUUAGAUUUGAGUUUCCAUGAGUGUUAAUGGUGCAUUUUCUUCUUUAUUAUCAGCAUGGAGCUUAAGCCUUAUCAGAAGAUUGGUUUAAAUUGGCUAGCACUUUUGCACAAGCAUUCGCUAAAUGGCAUAUUAGCUGACGAAAUGGUAAGUUGACAUUAUUAUCACUUCAACUAGUCAUUACAUUUAUAACUGCAUGGCCAGUGUUAGCAAAUUAUCUGAGGCUGGCCUUAGCUAACUAGGAAGACUGUGAUCUAAUAGAAUAGGAAAUGGUAAGGUUUGCUUCUGCUACUCAGUAGCGAAGUGUUUAGUAGGAGAAACUAGCUUGUGGCCUGUUACACAGUUUUCCAAUAGUUUUAAUAGCAAUCAUACAUGCACAUGGUUGGGCAUCGGAGAGAGAGAUCCUCGUGCUGUUCUAGAAGGAAAGUGAGGAAAGAAAUUCUGUGCUGCCCCAAAAUGAUUUUUAAGUUUUCAUUGUCUCUUGGGCAGGGGGAUGUUCAGUGGGUGGUAAUACUGUUAUGUGCUACUAGCAAGAAGGGAGUGAGUGAUUUUAACGUUUCUGAGACUUGCCAGGGGUUACAGACUAUGUCCAUUCCCCUCCCUCCUUGAGUCCUUGUGACAGGUGGAGCCUUCCUCCAAUGAUCAACUACUUCCCUUGAGCUUGAAGUCAUGGGUGCUUUAGCUGAGAUUCCUGCAUUGCAGGAGUUUGGACUAGAUGACCCUUGGGGUCCCUUGCAACUCUACAGUUCUGUGAUUCUAUGAAGUAUAGUCCCAGGUCUGAGCCAGAGAACUUUGAGUGGCAGAGACAGCCAUUGGGGGAGCGGCUCAAAUGGUACCUUGUGCUUCACCAGGACGAACAGGGGUCUCCAUAGGACUCCUCAAGUUAGAUCCCAGGAGAAUACUGGGCAACCUUUGCCUCACUGGCUAGUGAUAUUCCAUUCCUAAGAGAAAGGCCUGUGAAGGGACAAGGUUGGUUGCUGGGGGUUGGACUAGAUGACCCUCGUGGGCUCUUCCAGCUCUACAGUUCUAUUAUUCUAAGGUCAAGGGGUGUAUGCUAAUUGUACCUGCUUAUGUACUCAAAUCACUUAACUUUUAACUUUACUUGCUGGCUCCUAUGUGAUGGAUAAUGUGGAGACCAGCGGUUUUGACCUGCCUCUGUCAGCCAAACCUGGUUACGCGGUUCUUAAAGAGUAGGGUUUAACAAAAUAAUAUUUUUGACUACAAACCUCCAUUUUCCAGUUUUAAAACCCAAAACUAGCUUGAGAAAUAUUAUGGGCUAACAUUUCAUUGUUUAACUUUAUCAGUACUGCAAAGGCAAUAGUAUUUUAUUUUAAAUUAUCUCAACUUUUACACAGGGUUUAGGAAAAACCAUUCAAGCAAUUGCAUUUCUGGCAUAUCUUUAUGAAGUGGGUGAUGUAGGUCCACAUUUGAUUGUAGUGCCUGCGUCAACAAUAGGUAAGCGAGGAAUUUAUUUUCUUUUUUUUAAGGCUCCAAUUAUAAACAGGCUUUGUGGGAUUAAAAAUCAAUAGCAGCUUACUUGAAGUAAAAAUGUAUACUACAUAAUGCAUUACUAUAUCUAUGUGCAAUUUUCUUCAAGGAAGCUCAGGGCAGCACACAAUAGUGCUUCCCCCACUAAACUCUCAAUUAGAUACGUUGGGAUGAGAGAUAACGACACUGGAUGAGUUUCAGAGCUUAGUGGGGUUUUGAACUGAGGUGUUCUUCAAUGAAGUCCACUCUUUUGGCUGUACAACAGCGAUUGUAAUCCACACAGUAUUCUCGACUUGUAGUUUAGUAAAAACAAAACUGGGACUAACAUUAAUCUGUAUGUACACAUAGCAUACUUCUGUAAUUAUUUAAUUCAUUUUUUUAAAAAACAGAUAACUGGAUAAGAGAAGUGAACCUGUGGUGUCCUGAACUCCAAGUUUUAUUUUAUUACGGUAAGAAAUUAUAUUGUUUUAGAAUAAAACAUUUGUAGAUAAAAUGCAGACAGUACGCCUUUUUUCAUGUGGGUAUCAAAACUCCCUAAACAACAUUGUGAAUUGCAGAGAAGUUUGAGGCUUUAUAAAGCCAUUCUCUAGAACUGGGGGAAAAUGAAGUCUUAUUUCUGUCUAGGCUCGCAAGAAGACAGGAGGCAUCUCAGAAUGGAUAUCCAUAAUAAAGUUGCAGAUUUCAAUGUCAUUGUGACAACGUAAGUACAAGGAAAUUUAGCCACUUGCUGUUUCCUAACCAUGCACUUCUUUCAAACUAUCCCACAUGCUGUUCAAUUUAAAUCUGCUAAGUCAGUCCCAAACAUACCUAUGCAGAAACCAGGCUGGGGCUAUACAGAUGGGAGUAAGCUUGAUUCUCAUUGCUUAGGAUCACAUAGAACAUGUUUUUUUACUCCAGUGGUAUCCCCACAGGCACCCCUUCCCCUUCUUCUGUACAGGCAGCUUUCCACUUGCACAGGGGUUGUGCUCCUGGCUGCCACACACAUCAGCGGGACACAUGUAAGUCCACCCUGUUCCGCCCCUUUGCAGCACCAAAAACAGGGCGGGUGCUGAUUGUGUGCAAGUGGUUUGGUGCCUGUAUAACAAAAUGUUUAUUGUUCGCUCCUUUGGGGAAAAGGAAAAGAAAAAGAAACAUUACAUUGGGGGAAAUCGUUACAGCGAAAAGACCUCUGUUCUCAUGGCACUCUGCGCUCCAACCCCUCCCCACUCACAGGGGUCCCAGAAGGGCUUACAUUGCGAGUUACUUGGCUAUGUACAGAGCAUGCAGAGAUCGUAUUUCCCUCCAGGAAUAUGUGCUAUAUAAAAUAUAUUUCUUCUUACACAAUAAGUCGUUGCUCAUAAUGUUGGGUAUUUUCUAGGACUGAGUAAAAAGUCAUUAUAGGAUUUGGCAUUGGGGAAAAUCAGACGGUAUUUUGGCAACAUCAGUCUUUUUAAGCACAUUGUAUAUAGUAAGUGUAUGCAGAGGUGUUGUCUGUAAUAGUUUAAAAUUCAUAUAAAACAAUUAAUUGCUGGGUUUUGACUUCCCUCAUUUGAUCCUAAUUUCAGAGUUGUGUGUUGACUAUUGAGUGUUACUAUAAAACAGUCCUGGCACUCAAUACACAAUUUACCACUUGGGGGUAUCCUCCUAUGUGUAGGAAAUGAGCUCUGUUCAUGUCAUGGAAAUACAGUUCUAUGUUUUGUGCUACAACAUUGCAUGAGAAAUGAAACAAAAACCGAGGAUAUUCUUGAAAGCACAAGAAGUGCUGUAGCACUCUGCAAACUCACUUGCCCAAAUGUUUGCUGAAUAGUACCAGCAGUUACUUUCCUUCUGCUCACGUUUCCUUGGAUCUAACACAGGGUUAAGUUACUGUUGCCUCUAGAUUCAGUGGAGGGCAUUACGGUGAAAAAACGCAACCCUAUGUUAUCACAGCAGUGUCUCCUGGCCUUUCUGAAUGUCAGAAUAUACUGAAUUUGUAGUUCAAUUUUUCCCUUCUGUGUUAAAUCAAUUUGCAUUGGGGAAGGGAUGAGAACAAUCAUGCUAGCUCUGUUACCAUCCACCCUCCAUGAGUUGGAAGAAUAAUUUCUGAAGCAAGGCUCCUGCACUACUAAUGAAGGCUUCUUCCAUGAUUGAGAAGCCUACCGUAUUGUGGGACACAUACACAAGUAGGAAAGGUCCCCUGCUGAAGAAGUCCCCCCCCGCAAUUCAUGGAGGGCAAUGGGGGCAGAUUUAACACACUAGUCUUGCUUCCCCUCUCCUCACGUGUUGGUUUUACAUGAGAUAUAUGUGUGAGAGGGAGAGAGAGAAAUAAAAAAAUAUAUAGGCAUAUAUGCUCAUAGUUCAUUCUCUUGAUAGGUAUAACUGUGCAAUUAGCAGUCCAGAAGACCGCAGUCUGUUUCGUCGGAUGAAAAUUAAUUAUGCAAUCUUUGAUGAAGGUCACAUGUUAAAAAACAUGGGUUCUGUUCGCUAUCAACACCUGAUGACAAUUAAUGUAAGAUUUUUUAUGCCCUUUACUACUCUUGGUACUUUCUUGUAAAUGUUGCCUUAAGUUUUCAAGUAUUGUCUCAGUAAAAUUGUGUUAAAAUGUGCAUGAGUUGCAUCCUGAUUUUUGCUUUACAAAAUUAAGCUGUAACUCUAGGCACACCUAUCCUGGGUUUAUAAGGGUAAUGAUAAACUGCAGUUAGUUUGAGACUAUUUGAUUGCUCAACAGUAAAAUCAUUCUCCUGUUGAAAUGUCAUUUUGAAUAGAUUAUCUCAUUUUAUAUCUGCUAAUGGCUUUCAUUUUUUUUAUGAAUAUAGGCAAAAAACCGUUUGCUGUUAACAGGGACGCCAGUGCAAAACAACCUUUUAGAACUUAUGUCGCUCUUGAAUUUUGUCAUGCCACGGAUGUUCAGUAGUAGCACUAGUGAAAUUCGGAGGAUGUUCUCUUCUAAAGCAGUAAGUAUACUUGAAAAACAUUUUUAUGACUCGGAAUCUUGUACAUUUUUCAUAAUGAGCACUGUCUUUAUAACUUACGGUAUCCUUGCAGACUACCUAAAAAGUCAUUAUGUAGUCUUCAUGCAUACCACCACAUAAUACCCCUGUUUUGGGCUAGCGGAGCUAUAGUAAAUGCUUUAGAAAUCACAACCAUUCACUACAAAACAUUCACAUUCAGAACAUUCCUUUUUAUUAAAUGGUAAGACUCUUUCUCAGCAAACUUGAUUGCAUCCACAAUUGAUAUACAAUUCAGCAUAUGUUCUUCCUCUCUAGAAAGCAACUGAGGAACACAGUGUAUAUGAAAAAGAGAGAAUUGCACAUGCCAAGCAGAUAAUAAAACCAUUCAUCCUGAGAAGAGUAAAAGAUGAGGUAUGUUUGGUGAUUUGUUUUUGUUAUUUUUAGCCUAUACUGGUUGCUUUAGACUAACUUAAAUCACCUGAACACAGGUUUCUUUGAACAGGAACAGCCUCCAGCUCAGUACGUGCUGGUUCUAAGUUCAAAUGCUUGGUAGCCAAAUAAUUCAAAAUGUUGUUUUCUCCCACCAGGUCCUCAAACAGUUGCCUCCCAAAAAAGAUAUUGUUGAACAGUGUGAAAUGUCUGAGAAGCAGGAAAAGCUAUACCAAGAUCUGUUCAGCUGCUUAAAGAAAUCAAUUGACAGUCAUGGUGCGUUGGUGUUUACAUCUUCCUCUGUUCCUUUUAUCAUCUAUGGAGCAGAAAUACUGAGCUAUUCUAUUGUAGUGGGUAUAUUGAUAGAAAAUAUCCACUGGAUAUAUACAUAUAUAUCAUUUGUUUUCUAACCCUAGAAAAGAAUUCAGAAAUGGGCAAUGUCAUGAUGCAGCUAAGAAAAAUGGCCAAUCAUCCUCUUCUUCACCGUCAGUAUUAUACAGCAGAGAAACUUAAAGUGAUGUCAAAACUUAUGCUCAAGGUAAGGUGCUGGAUUUGAAUAAUCCAGUAGGCUCUUGGUGCAUUUUAAUUUGGUUAUUAACAAAUAGUUAUUGUUCAACUAUGUGUCCUGCAUUUAGAAAAUUAUAUCAUUUAAUGUCUCAAACUAUCAAUAGAGAAUAGAGAAAGCUUCCUUAGGAAAACAUUGCUGGAAUUCUAAGUGUGUCACAGAUUGAGGUAUGAAACAAGACAAAGGGUCCAGUUUUCUGUGAUCUGACCACACUAGAGGAAACAGAUAGGAAACUUUAAAAAUAAUUUAUCUCUGUAAAUGAAACUGAAUAUGUACCAAAAACAUGAAAAGUGCAAGGAUGUCAUUCAGCAAAAUGCGACCAAAUAAAAACCAGUAAGGCCAACCCUUUCUCUUCCCCUCCCCCAAGUAACAAGACUAAAUAAUUUUGUAGCACCUUAAAAACUGACAAAUUUAUUGAGCAUAAAAUUUGAUGGACAAUAGCCUCCUUCCCCAGAUACAAGAAGUUCUAAACUGUGUAUGUAUGUAAUUAAGGAAGGAAGUAUAGCGUUAAACAGUCCAAAGAACAGUAACACUUUGUUUGUAUUAGUUUUCUCUCCCUUUCUCUUCCCACUCACACCCCAGCAAAUACCUCACAAGGACCAUUCUUCACUUGAGCAGGUGGAUAAGGGAGGAGUGAGGCAGUGCACCGGCCCUUCUUUUUCUCCUGUGCCACCACUUCAUCGUAGAAUACAGUUGUUUCUGACCUUUGUUGUAAACUUAAAUCCUGCUGUUUGGAUUAUGAUUGCUCUUGGGAAGCAUGGUUUUCAAGGCAUGUGUGGUAUACAUAGCUAACAAGGCAGGAUUUGGCCUUGCCAUUUCUUGGUUGCAUCACAUUUGUACAGAAGUUGACAUUCCAUUCCAAUCCCUAAUCUGCCAGGUCUGAGAAAUAAUUCUUCAACAGCUAAUUGUACUCAUAUGAACCACACUGUAGGCAGUUUUAUAACUAUGUGUAUACAAAUGUCACAAUAUUUUCUCCAGCUCUAGGAUUAGUCCCGAUUUUCUACUGAAAAGACAGUCAUAAACAUUUUUACCUUCUGUAUAGGCACGGCACACAUGUUCCCCCCUCCCCCCAAAAAACCCUAUAUUAUCUGAGAGAUGAGUGGGACAGGGAGGUGAUUGUUGCCUAUUGUCAGGCUUAUUCUUUUUGUUCUAACAUGUUAUGACUAUUGAAUGUAUCUAAAAUUUUCUAACAGCACUUACACUCAAAAAUCCAUUAGUAAACUUAGAAAAGAAAGCCUGAAGAAAUAUUGGUAGUUCCUAAAUAGCUUGCUUCAUUUUGAUUUAUGAUUAUUUGUUUUAGGAGCCUACACACUGUGAAGCAAACCCUGACCUUAUAUUUGAAGAUAUGUCUGUGAUGACAGAUUAUGAAUUGCAUUUGCUUUGUAAACAGUAUGCAAAUAUUAAUGACUUCAAGCUUGAAAUGGAUCUAAUUUUGGAUUCGGGAAAAUUUAGAACACUAGAGCGCAUUUUGUCUGAAUUCAAAGAAAAGGUUUGUUCUAAAAGUAUAUUUUGGACAUCCUAGAAUAUACACACAUCUUACACAUAAAUGUGCUAAUAUCAGUUGUGCUGUGUUUUAAUGUCACUAAAUCUUGUAGAAAGCCGUUUGAGUGUUAGGCUUGGAUGUCAGAAGACUUACCUCAAAUUCCCAGCAAUAUGAGGAUGGAUGUGAGCCAGAAAUAACCCUAGUCAGAGUUCAGAAGUCAACAGAUUCCUUCCCCUCCACCUCCCCACCAACACCUUGGCUUGUAACUAACCCUGGUUAAAGUUCUUGCCUGCUCCCCAAAUUACCCCUUGGUAGUAUCUGCAUAGGGUGGCCUUCUCCAACCUGGUGCCAACUAAAUGUCAUGGGACUUUUAACUCCCAUCCUUCCUGAUGAUUGGCCAUGCUGACUGGAGCUGUUGGGGGUUGUAGGCCAAAAAAUCUGGAGGACCCCAGGUGGGGGAAGCCAGCAGGGACUCAAGUUUUCAUUCUUCACCCUAAAUUGGCACUCCAUUGUCCUUGAAGAGUAGGAAGCAUACCUAUGUAACAAAAAUGGACUCGGAUAUUGUUCAAAUAUUUGUUGAAUUUGUUGGCUGUUGAGUACUCAGUCAAACAAGAAACAUAAAGGCUUGUUUUUAAAACACCUCAACUUUCCUGAAACUUGGUACUUCAGAUCACAACAUAUUGUUGUGCUAUGUAAGCCAGCGUAAAGUAAUUGAAUCCUGGGGCAUUUUCUCUCUGUUCCUGGGUUUCAUUGUGAAUAUACUGGUUGCUCCAAGUGUAGUCUUGCCUGUGGCUUCAGAUCAUUACUCAGGACUUGUAAGUUUGCAACCCGUAAAAAGGCCAGCAUGCUGUUUAUCUCCCAAUUGUUCCGUAGUGUUGAAGAGAAUUUGAAUCUUACACAAGGUGGCUUUUGUUCAAGUGCCUGAACUUUGCGGAUAUGUAUAAAACAAACUUUCAGGUGCACACGUGGGUUUUUUCUUAAAUACUGCUCUUCCUUCCUUUAGGGUGACAGAGUUGUCCUGUUCAGCCAAUUUACUAUGAUGCUAGACAUCCUAGAGGUUCUUCUGAAACAUAAGCAGCACCGAUACCUGAGGCUGGAUGGAAAGACACAAAUUUCAGACAGGUAGGUGAAACUUCCACAAGAACACAAGGGAGCAUUAUCGGGUCCAACUAAUAGUCAUUUCUGCCUCUAUUCGAGCUUGACUCUGGAAAGUACUGGGGAUUAGAGGAGAUCUAUAAAACACCUCAAGUUAAUGAAAAACUCUUGAAGCAAGAUGGUUAAAAUUUCUUCCCUUCGUAUAAUGCAUAGAAUGAAAGGAACUGGAAAUAAUUGCUAUAAAGCCUAAAACAAAGAUAAUAAUUACACAGUGCACAGUUGAUUGAGCUAACUGUAGACAUGCUGUCUGGAAAUCAUCAUAUAAAUGACUAAUGAGCGCCGAAGCAUGGAGCCUAUACAUGGCUGAAUUCUCUGUACCCCGACUAGCAAUUGACAGAGCAGUGUUUAUUCAGAAUGAAGUCCCACUGUGUUCCAGCAGAGUUCACACUCGGGUUCGUGUACAUGGAAUAGCAAUCUGAAUGUCUGAACUGACUCCAUUGAAACAUAUUGUAUGAAAGGAAUAUCCGUAGGGUAUGAUCUAAAAUGGUUUGCUUGUGAGCAUGCUUGACUUGAGCAUACCUGUGUGUGUCAGCUCAAAUAGAUGAAGGCAAAACAACAAUAGGCUUGUAUACUGAUGACUGCUUUGCUUUCUCUCUUUUUGGUAGGAUACAUCUGAUAGAUGAGUUCAAUUCAGAUAUGGGUAUAUUUAUCUUUUUGCUCUCCACAAAAGCCGGUGGUCUAGGGAUUAAUCUGACCUCAGCCAAUGUGGUCAUCCUCCAUGACAUUGACUGUAAUCCUUACAAUGACAAGCAGGCGGAAGACCGAUGCCAUAGAGUAGGACAAACUAGGUAAGUUUUUAGUGUAUGAGGAGAAACUUUAGUUGUAAACAAAAUAAAUUAUCCACGAUACACUGCAUCAAAUAUUCUAAAUCUUUAGAAGAGAUUUUUUUUGUGUGUGUAGAGGUGUAAGCAAGCUGGUAUAACUGGUAAAGUGUUGGAUAAAACUUGAAUUCAUUUCCCAUUAAUUUUAUAUUGGAAUAUUAUUUUUUCACAGAGGUGUAUGUGAUGAGACACUUAGUCUUCAUUAAAAAUAAUUAACGUGCAAGCACUGUUGUUUUCUGUAGAACUGCUGGAAAUUUAAAUGGAAAUAAAACACUCAUGACAAAAUCGGGAUUUACAGAAUUGUAUGAACAAACAUGUUCUUUUUAUUUUAUUUUAAGAGAAGUGAAAGUGAUACGGCUCAUAAGUAAAGGGACUAUAGAGGAAUCCAUGCUGAGAAUUAGUCAGCAGAAAUUAAAGUUAGAACAAGACAUGACAGCAGCAGAUGCAGGUAAGCUCUUGCAACACCAUCUUGAAUAUGCUAAGUAGAAGCAGCUCUGGGCCCCAAGCUGUGAGAGAGAUCAAAGAAAUACAAUAUUUAGGUUCAUUGUGCCAGGAGACCAAUGGGGAAGAGAAAUGGAUAAUUUAUGGGCAGUUGAAGUUGUGACUUUUUGGGUUAAGAUGUUAAAAAGUAAUGCAAGAAAGCAGAAUGUGCAGUUAAAGCAAUAUUUAAUUUCACCAAUUUGUCAACACAUGGCAGCUCUUAACAGCUGGUGCAAUGGCAGAUUCAUCACAGUACUUUAAAUGUAAUGGAUGUUGGAAAAGAUCUCUUAUAUUUCUCCUAUUCAGACAUACUUCUAAAACAUUGUUUUGGAAUAAGAAUUCUAAAGGACAAGAAUUUAAUGGGGAAGGAAUUUAAUGGGAAAACAAGUAGCGUAUUGCUGUUUGGACAAACUUGCGAAUUCAGUUCCAACGCAACACAUUCCUUGCCCCUUAUUUCCAGAGUAGAAAUCUCUUGUUGAUUAAUGGAUAUCUGAAGCUUUUCCAAAGGCAGGAGCCUGGGUAGUGUGCUCAGUGUAGCAUUUUGAAUACUAGCCCACUGCUUUGAUGGCUUUCUUAAGAUUAUACCACUUUUUCACAUCUAGCUGGAUGCUAGAUGCUUGCAAGCCAGAUAUUUUACUGUGCCACUUACCAUAUUGGAUCACACCUUGUGCAAGCAUAGUAUCAGGCUCAGCACAACAGUACAAAACCUAGAGACUUGCAUGGUUUGUGUCUCUGGUUUUGCAAGUACAUAUCCAAGCUACUCUUUACAUCAUUAGUCCUUAGCCAUAAUGUAACACCCAAACUGAUUUGAGGUCGCUUGGACCCCCCCCCCCACCUUAAGAAGUCAGCAAGGUUGCAGAAGGGGAUGGAUUAUUACUGGUUGCAGGUUUUUUAGCUGUGUAGAAUGCUGAUUAUUUGGUUGCAUGAAAUGCUUCUUCACAAAUACACCUCUGAUUCAUUCUUUUUAUUCUGCAGGAGAAGAAGGGGCCAUUCCAGCAGAUAUAGCAACACUAUUAAAAGCAUCAUUAGGUCUCUAA